CAAUGGACGAGCCGAACAUCCUCCGACGCCGAGGGCUCCAGGUGAGUCGGGAUGCUGAAGCGGGGCGCGCAGAAGAAACUGGGGAGGGUCUGGAGCCCCCCACCUCUUUUUCUGGGGUGAAAGGAAAGAUCCAAGACCCUCCUCAGCUCCGCAGCCACCUGGGGGGGGGCGCGUCUGAGCCCACCUACCUGCUGCGUGGCAUGCAAAAGGCGCUUCCCUGCUGAGGAUCCUGCUUGGGGCGUGUGCGCGUGUUUUUCGUGGGGAAGGGGCGUUGCUCCCUGGCAGAGCAGCUGCUGGGCGUGCAGAACGACCCAGCCGCCCAGGGCAGCGCCGAGAAGCGGCUGCUUCUGACCUGAGACCUUGGAGAGCGGCCGUUCUUGCUGCUGCUGCUGCCGGCCUGGGUCGGCAAUGCUGGCGUGGUGGGGCUUGAGCGAAUUGUCGGGGAUGCUCGCUUGGGCAGGAGGCGUGGAGAGGGGAGUGUGUGUGUGUGUGUGUGUGUGUGUGUGCAACUGGGUGAUGUGCAUUGCGGAGGAAAAAGCCGCCUUGAGGGAGCAUCUCUCUGUGUGUUCAUGCUUAUAUAUAAUAAUUUCGCGCUUAGGAACGAAGGGUGCAUUUUUGCAGAAAGAGAGAGACAAAAUCACUAGGCAGGGGAAAUAUCUGGCUCAGAAUAAGCCUCUCCAGACAGAGGCUUGCGGCUCACCCCUGUGGACGUAGAAAUAUUUUUAUUUUUCCAUGCACACUCCUAUACGUUUUGAUAGUAAACCGGAUUUGCAACUGGGCUCAGAUAAUUUGAAUUGCAACUGCAUACAAGCGGUCCUGAGAAGCCCCAGAAAGAGAGAGGCCUUUCGCACCCGGUUCCUGCCUGCGGACCUUCCAAAAGGGGUGUCUGGCUGGCCAGGAAUUGUAGAGCCAUAGAGUCACAAGGGAUCCCUAGGGGUCAUCCAGCCCAACCCGCUGCAAGGCAGGAAUAUGCAGCUGUCUCGUACGGGGAUCGAACCCACAACUUUGGCGUUAUCGGGCAAGACUUAAAUAGGCCGCCCUUUGACCCGAUCCAGCUGCUUUUGGGGUUUUAAGUAUUCCUCAGUGGAGCCUCCAUGGUGGAGCCAGUCUACCUUAGAAAGUGGAAAGGGGCUCUACUCUCGCCUCCUGCUUGGAAAGGGGGGCUUCUUUCCAUUUGGGGUGUCUGGUGAGGACAGGAGGCUGGGCUAGGGACCUGAUCCAGCGCCCAGGACUUCCUUAUGUCCAUAUGGCGCCUCCAGGAGCAAUGGCAGCCUACCUUGAUCUCUAGGUUCUAUUGCGAGGACGGCACACCGGACUAGAUGGGGACCCCUUUCUCCUGAUCCAGAGGCAGCGCUCCUUUUUAAAAAGUUUUCUAUUUGAUUUCACAAGGAAUAAUAUUCCUGCAAAUAUUAAAAUUUUGCACUCGAUUCUUCUGAAUCUCGAGACUUCCCUCCUCCCCUCUGUGGAGUCAUUAAAAAAGUUUUCCAACUCCAUAUGAUAAGUGCAUCUAGUCUCCAGUCCUCCGUUAAAUUCAAAGUCUUAUGUAUUGUGGCAGGAGCUGUUUGAAGCCUGUCAAAGAGUUCAAGUGUUCUUUCAAAUAAAAUCUCUAUUUGUCCCAAUGCUGGAUUUACGUUUAAGCUAAGCAAGCUCUAGCUUAGGGCCCCGCUCUCUUGGGGGUCCCCAAAAAAAUUAAAGGAAAAAAACAACUGAAUGUACCCAUUUCCAAAAUAUUAUCUAUCAUCUAUCUGUCUGUCUCUCUAUCUGUCUGUCUAUCUAUCUGUCUAUCUAUCUAUUCAUCUAUCUCUAUCUAUCAUCUAUCCAGCCAUCUAUCUAUCUAUCUAUCUAUCUAUGCCAGUGCUGGAUAUACAUAUAAGCUCAACAAUCUCUAGCUUAGUGCCCCAUUCUCUUGGGGGCUCCCAAAAAAUUAAAGGGAAAAAAACAACUGGAUGUACAUUUCCAAAAUAUAAGAUAAGAAACAAAUGAAAUAAAACCUACACACAGCAACCGUGUUUUGUGUUGUGUAGGCUCCUCAGAUAUAAGUCAUGCCCCCCGCCUGCUCCCUCAAAUAUCCCUGCUUUGCUCCUUUCUAUAUAUAGGGUGCCGACAUUCUGCUAUUUAUCAUUAGUAGUAGUUUGCAUCACAUAUUUACACCUCUGAUUAUUUCUUGUUAUAGCAAGCUUCUACAGACUAGAUUAGGAGUCUUUGUCUAUUGUGCUUCUAAAGGAACUUUUGUUCUUGCCCAGUGCCAAUGUGUUUGCAUUGUUCAGUUUGUUACGAAUAAAAAAAUCAUUUUAAGUUAGAGCAUUAUUUCACUAUUAACAUACCUCUUCUUAAUUGUAUUUCAGUUCAACCAUUACAUAUUUUGUCAUGUGUAAAUGGCUUGAAAUACCUAUUAGGUCCAUCAGUGACCAUCUAGCAUAUAUUCAACACAAAAAAACAGCCACAAUUUGUUGCUGACGAAGGACAGCUGGACAUAGAAAGGGCCCCAUUACCUUCAGGAGCUGAGGGCUGCUUUGAACCUCAAUCUGACCCUUAUUUGUCCCAUUCUCUGUUGAGGUUUUGAUCCUCCCAAUUUCUUAUUUUCCCCGUUAACCUUGCCAUCUCUUGCAUAGUCCAAUAAUUUCGUCUCCCCUCGCAGGUUAUCUUAUCAUCUUUCCAGCAUCUUUGCAGCUGCUGUAGUGAAAACAGUCUUUUCGGUUCCUUCGGUAUCUCUGCACCUCCAAUUCCUAAAAAAAACCUGGCUUUGUAACAAAUGUGAUUUUUGAAACAUUUUUCCCAAGCCAUUUUAUAUCAUCUCAAGUCCGGAAAGGUGGGAGAAUUGGCGUUAGGGAGAAGCCUGCUGGGCCUUUUCCUCAAACCGGCCACCAGAGGCCACUGGUGAGCUACGGCGGAGGAAACAGGCUGUGCCAAUUGCCCUCCCCAUCUGGUGUGUUGACCCCCUUGGCUGUGUUUGUGUGUGUGUGUUUGUGUGUGUGUGUGUGUGUGUGUGUGUCUGCUACACAGACAACCUUGCAAGCGACUGAACCGCCUUGGGCAAAAGUCCUCUCCAUAUUGUCCCUGGCCCUGAUUUAAAAAAUAAAAUUAUACUAAUCACAAAACCCGUGGCCUUAAGUGACAAUAAAGGAGAUUCCGACUAGGACUAGCUAAGCAGGGUGCUGCAUGGUUUCCGACUGGGUGGCGUUGAGAUUCCUGCACGGCGGAGGGUUGGGCUGGAUGACCCUCAGGGGGCCCUUUCCAACUCUACGAAGUCCUAGAAUUGUCAGGCUUGGAAGGGAACCCAAGGGUCAUCUAGCCAAUGGGCAGGCAAACGUAAGGCCCGGGGGCCGGAUCCGGCCCAAUCGCCUUCUCAAUCCGGCCCAAGGACAGUCCGGGAAUCAGCGUGUUUUGACAUGAGUAGAAUGUGUCCUUUUAUUUAAAAUGCAUCUCUGGGUUAUUUGUGGGACAUAGGCAUCCAUCCAUUCAUUUAUUUAUUUCAAAAUAUAGCCCGGCCCCCCCAAGGUCAGAGGGACAGGGGACCGGCCCCCUGCUGAAAAUGUCUGCUGACCCCUGGAGCCUAAGCUAUAGCCUGUUUAGCUUAUACGUACCGUAAAUCUGGCACUGGCAUAGAUAGAUAGAUAGAUAGAUAGAUAGAUAGAUAGAUGAUAGAUACUGUAGAUAGAUGGAUAGAUAGAUAGAUAUAGAUAGAUAGAUAGAUAGAUAGAUAGAUAGAUGAUAGAUAGAUAAUAUUUUGGAAAUUUACUUCCAGUUAUUUUUCCCCUUUAAUUUUUUUUGGGGGGGCCGCAAGAGAGUGGGGCCCUAAACUAUAGCCUGUUUAGCUUAUACGUAAAUCUGGCACUGGCAUAAAUAGAUAGGUAGGUAGAUAGAUAGACAUAUAAUAUUUGGAAAGGUACAUCCAGUGUGUUUUUUCCUUUAAUUUUUUUUUAGGCCCCCAAGAGAGUGGGGCCCUAAGCUAUCGCUUUUUUAGCUUAUACGUAAAUCCGGCACUGGCAUAAAAAGAAAGAAAGAAAGAAAGAAAAUGUUUUGGAAAUGUUCUUCUAGCUAUUUUUCCCCUUUCAAUUUUUUGGGGACCCCCAAGAGAGUGGGGCCCUAAGCUACAGCUUGUUUGGCUUAUACGUAAAUCCGGCGCUGCUUCUACGGUACGGUGAGCUGUCUGGGUAUUCGGGGAGGGGGCAGCGGCGAAGUCGCCCCCUUGUCCCCAAUUCCUUGAGAGCCCCCCCCCCACCGCCAGCACCCAAAGGUGCCUUGUGUGUCUGUGUGUACCAGGAAUUGGGGGUGAAGCCGAGGACAUCCUUUGACCCUGAUAGUCCCUGGCAGCCCGUCCCCCAGGCUGCCGAACAGAGCCUGCUCAGCUGUCCGAACCCCAACCUGGCAAAGCGAGGAAAUUGCUCCUGACAUUUCAGACAAUUUCGCUCCUUCCUUUGGGGAGGGAGGAAGAGGACGGGGUUUCGUCUGUCGCACUUCAAGCAAUAACGCAGGGCUAACAAAAUAUAUAUAACCUGCAUCGUUUCACUGUUCUUCAACAGAGAAUCUAUGAGGGAGAUGCAGAUGAUAAAAUAAAUCAGUUUUGUAGGAGCAAAAUUAGAGAGUCCGUCAAUAUCACAGAGGCAACACAAGCCUUUCAGUGGUCCCGAUCCUGUAAUCUUGCCAUAAGAGAAGCUCCAAGCGUCACAAUUCUUAAACAGAGAAUACGUAAUAGAAUUGGGUGGAUAAAAAAAAAAAUAUUAAUGGAUUUUUUAAAUUUAAAUCAGAUUUUUUAAAAUUUAAAUCAGAUUUUUAAAAUAAAACGCUUUUGGAGGAAACACCUUUCUAAAGAUUUUCUGUUUAAGUUACAUUAUAGUCCAAAGGCUAUUCAUCAGGAAAUUUGCUUUAAGUUUUUCAUGUGUGCUAAAACUCAGUCUAAAAUUUUUUUUUAGAAAAUCGUUUAACCACAUCAGUUAGCAAACAUGGAUACAUAUGCUAUAAUGUUAUUGUUUUAGUUAACUGAAUUGUUUAAAUUGUUAUUAAGGAAAUGAUUAUUUUUCUCCUUCCAAUCAAGUACAGCAGAAAAGUUGCCCCAACAGAAACAGUUAACUUAUUAAACCUCACCAUAAUUUCACAAUUAUCUUUCCAUGUAUUUCUAACGGUAUAACCAAAUCAGUCAUUUUUUAAUAUAACUGUAAAAACUGCUCUGAAAAUGUAUUGUUCCAAAAACGAAACCUUUGUCUGCUUGUAAAUAUGAAGAUUAUACCAGCAAGAAAAGAAUCCGGUUUAAAUUUUUUAAAAAUCCGAUUUAAGUAAAGAAUAAUACUCUGCAUUUUUGGAUAUAUAUAUAUAUUUAAAAUCAUUGAUUUUUAUCCACGCUGCUUUGGGAGUGACAACACUCCUCCUGCUCUUAUCAUCGAUUCGACGACCUUCGCCCCACACCUGCUGGCAGCGUUGCAGGGAAAGUACGCCCUGCCCUCUGUGCCCUAGGGCAGUCGCUCUGCACGUGCUCAGGAGGCGGCGGCUGGGGGGGCAGAAGGCAGGGCCUUUGGUCCUGGGUGGGGCAAGAGAGAGAGAUGCUCAGCACAGCAGUGUCUGCACUGGCUGGCAGCAAGGCUCUCUCCCACUGCCUUGCCGGUUUGCAAGCAGGGAGACUUCCCCAUAAAUUCACAUUCUGCAUGAAAAAAUUGUCCAGUAGCACCUUAAAGGUAAAGGGACCCCUGACCAUUAGGUCCAGUCGUGGCCGACUCUGGGGUUGCUGCGCUCAUCUCGCUUUACUGGCCGAGGGAGCCGGCGUACAGCUUCCGGGUCAUGUGGCCAGCAGGACUAAGCCGCUUCUGGCGAACCAGAGCAGCGCACGGAAACGCCGUUUACCUUCCCGCUGGAGCGGUACCUAUUGAUCUACUUGCACUUUGAGGUGCUUUCGAACUGCUAGGUUGGCAGGAGCAGGGACCGAACAACGGGAGUUCACCCUGUCGCGGGGAUUCGAACCACCGACCUUCUGAUCGGUAAGCCCUAGGCUCUGGGGUUUAACCCACAGCGCUACCCGCAUCUCCCAGUAGCACCUUAGAGACCAACUAAGUUUGUUCUGAGUAUAAGCUUUCAUGUGCAUGCACACUUCUUCAGAUACUAAUUUGUGUUUAUUUGUGCUUCAUAUUUGUAAAACCAAUAAUAAUAAAAAACCUUAGAGGCAUUGAGAGCAGAGUGCGGGAAACCAGUUUUUUGGGGGAAAUUGUAUUAAAUCUGUCUGAAUCUGUGGCUGAUUCGGUAAAAUUUGGAAAACCGAUUCGGAGAAAGAGAAAGAAACUCAAGGCGCCAGUCCUCAUGCUUAGGCUAAUUCAAACAAGGAGCUGCCUCCAAGCCAGUGUUGCCUGCACUGGCUGGCAGUUCCAAAGAUGAAGUUGAACUUGCCGAGCAAAUUCUCUAACCACUGGGCUACAGCCCCGCAUAAGACGGCAUGCCUCUCCCAUCGCUGGGGUUCGUGGGGUCUGCGCGAGGCCGAAGGGGCGGCUGCAAAGUCCCGGCGGCCUCAUCCUGACUGUCUUUUCCCUUUCCUUUUCCGCAGAAGGAGCUGAGCCUGCCUCGCCGUGGGAAAACGUGAGUGGGGGCCUCUGCCCCGCGUUUCGGGUUCUGCGUCUCGUCGCUCAGGCUUCUGUCUCCAACGGCGGGCACCCAGAUAGAUGCCUCUGGAGGGCCCACAAGCUGGCCAGCCUGGCUCGCUUUAGGGGUUUCCUGGUGCCAGAGUAUUCCAAUAAUAAUAAUAAUAAUAAUAAUUUAUUAUACCCCACGAUAUGGUUUGAAGUUCAUAUCAUGAUAUCAGUUUCAUUAUUUUUUGACCUGGUGAUAUAUUUGCAAAUCACGAUAUGUGUGUCUGCAUUUUCUGGGAAAAAUCUCAAUGUGAGGGAGACUGUGAAGCCCCAAUAGCUCCAUCCUUAUACCAGACAUCGUGGUAUUUAGCUGGUGAUAUAGUGUGAUGUCGAAAACCUACUCCAUCCUUAUUCAGACAUCAUGAUAUAUCGAUAUAUCACAGUUUGGCUGGUGAUACAUCACAAACCAGACACUGCGCAGCCCUACAAACGAUCAAUCAAUCAAUCAAUCAAUGGGAUAUACAACCAGAAACAGUAUCUAGGCCUCUUUUCAAGAGCACUGCAGGGGGCUGGACUAGAUGACUCUGGUGGGCCCUUUCGGCUCUGCAGUUCUAUGAUUGUUAUACAUUUUCCGGACGCCCCACGGUCAUAUUAUAAAGCAGCUGUGUUCUGUGUUCCAAACCAAGCCCUGACGGCAGCUGUUUUCAUUUUGUUUUCCUAUGCAAUAAAAAAAAAAUUGGCGCAAGCAAAUUCCUGUUCCGAAAGUGUGGCCCACAGAGAAGAGUUCGGGGACCCUCCAGAAUGUCCUAAGAGCCUUUCCCAGCCAAUGGGUACUCGAGAGUCAUGACGGCGCCUCGCCUUCGAGAGCCUGCGAAUCGGUGCCCCUUUGCCCUCUCAUGUGGCAGGGAGUUCCAGAGUUCAGCUCCCUGCGGCGGCGCCUUUUUAGGCGGUAGUUUCUCCCAACCUGUUUCCGUGUCGGAAUCGCUUUUGAGAUUGGUUCUGGUGGUUUCCUCGCUUGUGCAUUCCCCGCGGAGUUGGCGCGCUGGGGAACCCAGGAGAGCCUCCGCUGCUGCCAACCCGUGUGCGCACUCCAGAGCCAGACGAACCUCUGUACUGCACACGUCUCUUGUCUCCGCCCACGGCCCCGCCGCGACCGUGCAUGGCGCUGGCACUGAAAUUUGUGGGUGCGCGGCCCCUUGGUGGGGGAUUUGGUGGGUGCUCGGGCACCCAGCGCCCCCGGGCUUUGGCCCCCAGGCCCCCGCCCCUCUUGAGAGCGGCGGCGCCCCGAGCCUUUUCCAUUGGAGAGGUCAGGUCCCCCCGCGGGGACGCGCGCCUUUCUCCAGAAACCUGGCGACCUGGCGCCUCGUUGCUUGCGCUUUUUUAAUUCCUAGGGGACGGCGGCGCGCGCUCCAACCACCCCCACCCCAGGGCUUUUCCGUCCCUCCCAGUCCCUCUUCUCCCUCCCUCCCUCCGAGGUGGGGGGGAGGGAGGAGGGCCGGGUGGGCGGGCGAGCGAGCGAGCGCCGGGGGAAGCCGCGCCAGGCAGAGCGCGGCGGACGCGCCGUCGGGGCACCGCGUUGCCACCGCCGUCGCCAUGCAGGCGCGCCGUGCCAAGCUGAAGAUCCCUUCGCUGACCUUGGUGGAGUGAGUUUGGGGGGGGCUCCUGGGCGCCCCCGCUUGGGAAGAGGGUGGGGAAACGGGGGGAGAGGUUCCAGCGCCGGCAGGCAGCGACCCGGGGGCGCUUGAAGAGGGGCGCACGGCGGAGCGCUCGCUUUGGCACCGAAAGCUGGGCAGGGCUGGGGUUGGGGGUCUUUUUCUCUCUCGCGGCCCCUCUUUCUGCCUUCGGGGGAUCCCUCUCCUCCCUCCCCUCUCCCCUCCUUCCAUCCCGGGGUCUCCAAUGACGCACGGCUUGGUUGCCAGGGAACCGGCUGCGGAGGGAGGGGGCGGCGGUGAUUCCCCAAAGAGAGAUAACAAAAAAAGCGCUCUCCGUGGCUUCUCCCAAACCAAAGCGCACCUCCGCCUCCGGGAAGGGUCCCGCAGAGCUCAUGGAGCCCACCCCGGGGCUGUGGCGCCCUCCGCAAACCUGCCAGGCGGGUCCCCGUCCGUCCCCCCCACCCCCCCGACUCGCGAGAGGGUUGCCCGGGCGGCGCCACUAAGCUACCUGGGUGGAGCUUCGCGGCUCCGCUUUCCCCUGAUGCAAUUUUAUUCCCAUUAAAAAACACGCCCGCAGCAGAUGGGAUCCUCCGCCUGCCACGGGGAAAGAAAAGGCGUUUGGGGUAGGGGUGAGAGCGCCCGGGGCCUGGCAGUCUGGGGUUCGAGUCCACUCCCCCCUGAAAAUCACUGAGCCUGACCUACCUCUCAGGGUUGGUGUGCGAGAAGAACCAGCCUCUCCACUUUUGAGCUCCAAAAAGCAGGGUAUAAAUGUAACCGUGCCUCAGCCCCCAAGCCUGGGAUAUAAGAGGCCCUCUGGGCAUGGGCAGAGGGCUCCCCGCCCCUGUCUGCCCAGAUCUUACAGACCAGGGGGGCUUUCCAAAAUCUUGUCACCUGCAAGGAGCUUUCUCCCUCCCCCUCUCCACCUAAUACCCCAUUGCCCCCCAACCAGUGGUAGCUUAGGGCUUCAACGGCACGGUGCCAAGGCAGCGCUACAGUUCCCUGCUUUGGGAAUCGUAGCUCUGCGAUGGGAUAUCCCUGGACGUGUAAGGAGCUGUCUUCUCUAGAUGGGGGGAUUGGCAACGGACUGGGUCCCUGUCAUUGACCCCCAACUCAUCUCCUGGCGGGGUGGGGUUGCACCUCUGCCCCCUAUUCACACCACGGCCUCGUUCUCCUUGGCUCUCUUCCUUCUGCAGCCUCUCCCCCGGGAGCCAGAGUCCGACCCUUCUCAGCCCCCUGAGUCCUCUCAGCCCCCUGGCGCUGCACCCCUGGAGGUAAGAGACCCUAACUAUGGGGAGACGUGUCUUAUCCGUGCAGUGGGAGGGGGGAAGGAAUAUUAUGUGCUAUUAUGGGGUGCGCCGCUCAUGCCCGUGUCGCGAGGCCGGGUGCCGAGGAAGCACUUUCCCGAUUGCUCCGUCGCUCUUGACAAAAAACAAAAAAAGGCAGCGUGGUGUAGUGGUUAGAACCACGGUCCAAUCCCCUGCACCCUCUCUCACACCACAAACGCAGGGUUGUUUGUGAGGAGGAAACGGAAAGGGGGCAGGCAAAAUGUAUAGUCUUCUGCGGCGAUUCUUGAUUCCUAAAAACAGAGCCUCCAUGGACAGGACCAGUCUACCUGCUGGCAAAAAAAUAGGCAGUUCCUCCCCUGGCCUUGCUUGCAGCGGCCUUAGCUGCUUAGCCUCUGCAAGGACUGGGAGGGUGGGCUAAGAUGUCCCCCCCCCUUGGACCCGAUUCAGCAGGCUCUUGCGGUGUUCUCGUAAGCUAGCGCCGCUGGACCUUCUUGCUGUGGCCAGCGGGAGUCAGGGCCGGAUUGAGGUUUGAUGUGGCCCUCAGCUCCUGAAGGGAACGGGGCCCUUUCUAUGUCCAACUGUCCUUUGUCCACAACAAAUUGCUGCUGUUUUUUGUGUUGAAUAGAUGCUAUAUCAGGCGUAGGCAAACUCGGCCCUCUAGAUGUUUUCGGACUACAGUUCCCAUCAUCCCUGACCACUAGCUAGGGAUGAUGGGAGUUGUAGUCCCAAAACAUCUGGAGGGCCGAGUUUGGGGAUGCCUGUGCUAUAUGGUCAUUGAUGGACCUAAUAGGUAUCUCAAGAGGGACACGGGUGGCGCUGUGGGUUAAACCCCAGAGCCUAGGGCUUGCCGAUUGGAAGGUCGGCGGUUCGAAUCCCCGCAAUGACGGGGUGAGCUCCCGUUGCUCGGUCCCUGCUCCUGCCCACCUAGCAGUUCGAAAGCACGUCAAAGUGCAAGUAGAUAAAUAGGUACCACUCUGGCGGGAAGGUAAACGCCAUUUCCAUGCGCUGCUCUGGUUCGCCAGAAGCGGCUUAGUCCUGCUGGCCACAUGACCCGGAAGCUGUACGCCGGCUCCCUUGGCCAAUAAAGCGAGAUGAGCACCGCAACCCCAGAGUCGGCCACGACUGGACCUAACGGUCAGGGGUCCCUUUACCUUUUAGGUAUCUUAAGCUAUUUGCACAUGUUGCCCUGCAACCAGUCCAUGCAGAACGUUGGCACCCUAUAUAUAGAAAGGAGCAAACCUUUCUUUUUAGGGAGCAGGCGGGGCCCAUGACUUACACCAGAGGAGCCUACACAAUGCAAAACAUGGUUGCUGGAUGUAGGUUUUAUUUUAUUUGUUUAUUAUCUUAUAUUUAUGUACAUACAGGUUUUUCCCCCUUUAAUUUUUUGGGGGGCCCCCAAGAGAGCGGGGCCCUAAGCUAGAGCUUGUUGAGCUUAUACGUAAAUCCGGCGCUGGCGGGAGUUGUAGCUCAGCAGCACCCGGCGGUCCAAAGGUUCCCCAGGCCAAGGGAGGAGCGGUUGCAGUGGGGCAGGCAAUCUCCCCGUCCCUCUCCGACUCCUUGGCCAAGGCCGCUACCUCCUCCGAUGGCCUCGCAGGGCGGAUUAAUGAAUAACGCGAGCGCCUGGCAAUUUCUCCCUGUCUGAGAAAGAGAGAGGGAAUAUAAGCGCUUGUGUUUUGAUGGGCACAGCGAAGAGGGAAGAGGCGCUGUAACAGCUGGCAGCCCUGGGCGGGCAAAAGGAAACGUAUUUGCUUGUUUUUAUUUGAAUAUUUGCGUGUCCAUGGCUCGGUGGGCUAGGGCAGUUGCUUGGCAUGUCGAAGGGCCUCAGGUUCAGUCCUUGCUUGGCCCCCACCUGAAACCUAGACAGCCGCUGCCAGCCAGUGUAGGAAGAAUACUCCGCUCCGUGGUCUGGCUCAGCUUCUGUUCAGUUCAGACAAAAUAUUAAAAUACAGCAAUGCACCAAACAUUAAAAGCUUCCCUAAACAGGGCUGCCUUCAGAUGUCUUCUAAAAAUCAGAUAGUUGUUUAUCUCCUUGACAUUUGAAGGGAGGGCGUUCCACAGGCGGGUGCCACCACCGAGAAGGCCCUCUGCCUGGUUCCCUGCAACCUCACUUCUCGCAGGGAGGGAACCGCCAGAAGGCCCUCGGGAGAUGGACCCCGGUGUCCGGGGUGGAGACUCUCCUUCAGGUCUACUGGGCUUUCACGGUCAGCACCAACCUUUUGAAUUGUGCUGGGAAACGUACUGGUAGCUCUGGAGAGCUUCGAGACUUCCUCCUCUGCUCAGCGGGUGGUCUGGAUUCGCACCCAGCUCCAGAACUGGCUCUGCCUUUGCAAAAUCAAAGCGGCCAGCCGGCCAGAGGCGUCCCCCCCCCCCCCAGAACUCAGUCAAUACUGUUCUUUGGUUAUGAAACGAUUUUAGGAAUCAAUCCUUUCCCCCGCCUAACCCUCACGGCCGGCCGAAUUGCGGGAGUCCUUUUUCCUCUUCCCUGGCCUUCGUUUUUUCCUCUUCUCUGGGCCUCAUGAGGGACAGAAGCUUGAGCUUGGGGCAAAGGAAGUGUGAGACAGACACAGACACAUCCCCCUAGUUUUUGCAUCAACUCGACAUUAGGAAGAACUUUCUGCAAGAGCUGUUUGUCUGAAAAAUGUUGGCCUCUCCUUCCUCGGAGGUUUUUAAGCAGAGCUUGGAUAGCCAUCUCUCCUGGAUGCUUUAGCUGAGAUUCCUGAAUUGCAAAGGGGGUUGGGAUGGAUGACCACUGGGGUUCCCUCCCCAACCUGCCAAUGUCUCCAAAGUCCCAACUUCCUGCUGCAAAGAGCACCGGCUCUUUGAACAAACAGCGAUGGCGGUUUUGGAAAGAGAGUUUCACAUCUGCAACCUUUAUGCGCCGCGCGGCAGGGGCAGGGAGGGGGGCUGGCAUGCGCCGCAGGACUUCCUGCGCACGAGGGAGGGAGGGAUAUAUAUGCGCCUGCAUGCGCAGCCCGGCUCUCUGCCAUCCCCCCCCCCCGCAGGUCAGCUGGACAACCGUUGCCAUGGAGAGGCAGCCUUCAACCGCUGCUGGCUUGGCGGCGGAGUCGGCAGUCGCCUUGGCCCUCCGCCACCCGGCUUGCCUGGCGGCUGCUUCCCCCCACAGUUGUCAUGUGUUGCACACAGAGAGAGAGAAGACAGGGAGAGAGAGAAGGCAUUGUUGCAUGGAUGUGUGUCAGAGAGACCUGGGUUCAAACUCACAGGAGUCUUUUCCCCUGCAACUCCAAGGCUUUAAGACUCCUGCCUUCCCUCCUUUCUUUCUUUCUUUCUUUCUUUCUUUCUUUCUUUCUUUCUUUCCUUCCUUCCUUCCUUCCUUCCUUCCUUUCUUUCUUUCCUACUCUUUCUUUCUUUCCUUCCUACUUUCUUUCUUUCUUUCUUUCUUUCUUUCUUUCCUUCCUUCCUUCCUUCCUUCCUUCCUUCCCUUUCUUUCUUUCUUUCUUUCUCUCUCUCCCAUGUUUUUCUCAUCACAGUAGCACUGGCUCAUGGGUUGUGUAGUAACCCGCUUUGCUUUUUAAGGCCACAGCUCUCCCAUCGCUGCAAAACUGCACCAUGGGCUCUGUAGUGAUUUUACUUGGCUUUGGGUUUUCCUAUCGCAACGAUGCUGGCAUCUUGGGUUCUAUAGUCUUGGGCCUGCAGAGCGUUCCAAACUUUUCAUGUCGCCAACUCGCUUCUUUAGACACGCAUCCUUUCACGACACAGUAAUUCAGUUUGGCUUUGGCAAACCCAGAGGUUAAACUAACCCCCUUAUAAGAGAUACGGCUGCAGCGGUACCUAUUUAUCUACUUGCACUGGUGUGCUUUUGAACUACUAGGUUGACAGGAGCUGGGACCGAGCAAAGGGAGCUCACUCCGUCAUCGCGGGGAUUCGAACCGCCGACCUUCCAAUCUGACUGGGUUUCCCCAGCCACUCUGGGCAGCUUCCAACAAAUUAAAACACAGCAAGACAUCAAACAUUAAAACCUUCCCUCCACAGGGUUGCCUUCAAAUGUCUUCUAAAAGCCAGAUACAGCGGUAACCUUGGUUUAAAACAGCCCUGUUUACGAACUAUUCGGUUUACGAACUCCGCAAGUAGUGUCCCGGUUUGCAAACUUUACCUCGGUCUAUGAACGGAAUUCGAACGGUGGAAGGGCACCGGCAGCGGGAGGCCUCGUGAGGGAAAGGGCACCUCGGUUUAAGAAUGAUUUCAGUUUAAGAACAGACUUUCCAAACAGAUUAAAUUUGUACACCGAGGUUUACCACUGUAGUUGUGUAUUUCCUUGACAUCUGGUGGGAGGGCGCCACCACCGAGAAGGCCCUCUGCCUGCUUCCCUGUAACCUCACUUCUCUCAGGGAGGGUUCCAGCCACUGGGGUUCAGAGGCACUGCUGCCUGCAAACAUAGAGGACAAGGAAGAGCCAUCAUAGCCGGCAGCCAUUGACAGCCAGGCCUUCUCCACGAGUUUGUGAAAUCUUUGAAAGCCAUGAAGGUUGGCCGAAGCGCGUUGCAUGCUUUCACUAUGCGCAUACACGAAAGAGCCUUUUCUCUGAUCUCUGUCCUGAUUCUUCCAACCUUGCGCUUCAGGGAUGCGCUAGCAGAGAGGGAGGAGGAAACCCUUUUUCUCUCCACGUCGUGCCAUCCUUUUCCAAACCUCUCUCACGUCGCCUCUUCCUCGCCGCCUCUCUAAACUGGGAAAAACAACAACCCCAAACGUUGCGCGUUUUCCCGGACUCGCCGCACCCCCGGGAUCGUUUCGGCGGCCCAUUUCUGAACCGUUUCCAACCGAUUCCCCGGCGCACGUGGGAAAGGAAUUCGGGGGCGGGCGGGGGUUGGUGUGUGUGUCUCUCUCUGCUGCGCAAAUCUCGGGAGGGGGCGCUGCGGAGCGCCCUGGGCUCGGAGGCCGGCGGCCCUCGGAAGGCGGUGACGGCGCCCCGCGGGAGGAGGAGGAGGAGGAGAAGGACCCGUCGGUGGCCGGCGAUGUCGGACCCCGGCACUUGGGGGGCCCCGCUGGGCGCCCUCAGCCAGCGCUCCAAGAGGUAACCAAGGCGGAGGCGCGCAGCCGAGGAGCCAACGGAACGCUUCCGGGCGCAAUUACGCACCGAGCGGAGCUGCUUUUUGGAGAGGGAGGGAGGGGGAGAAGCGCCUCGCCGGAGGGAUGGGGGGGAGGUGUUGCUUGCGGAGAGUUUGUUCUCAUCAUCCCCGGGGGUGAUGUGCAUUGCACAAGCAGCCCCCCCACCCGCACGGGUGCUUUUUGGGGGACGUUCCCAGGCGCGCCAAGCUUGCAAAAAGGUUUAACAAUCACAUACCCAGAGGCGCCUCUCCUCUCUGGCCUGUGUGUGUGUGGCGGGGGCUUUUGUGCAGGAAGCCCCCCCCCCGAAAUAUCAUCUUGUACUCUAAUUUCUGGGCUGUGACUUUUUUUUAUUAAUAUAUUAUCCACCCGAAGGUCUUCAUCUCCUUUGUGUUUUCUCUCUCUCGUUGAGAAACAGGUUGGCUGUUUCCCCUCCUUCCUCUCCCGCCUCCCCCCCCCCGUUAAUCUGUGUGCGCUUGUACAGAUUAGGACAUAAUCCCCUGGGCCAGAUUGCGAGGAGGGGGCGGGGCUGGUUUGGACCUGGAGCAUCCGAGGUCACCGAUCUCCUUUGGUGCUCCAACUUCCUUUCCCCUUCUCACCCCACCAAAAAAAGGCAAUGUGAGGUUUAAGGGGGAAAUUCUUUCCCCAAACUCCCAAUUUGUGUCCUAAAAUGAACCCUGGAUCAUUGGUGCGGGGGGGGGGGCGAUUUUUCUCGGGUGAGAUGCAAGGCUGGUUCCUGACUCAAGCUCCAAGGAUGUGGAGGGGGGGCAGAAUUCCAGGAAUGUGGUGGGAAAAGAGACGACUUUCAAGGGUGGCCCCUCUGCUGCUGGAAGCAGGAAUGAGGUCCAGUCGCUGCUUUUCGCUGGUUGAACUGGUUGGCCACUCUGAGGACAUGGAACCUGACUGGAUGGGACCCCCCCCCUUGGGUCCUGAUCCAGCAGCCAAGCUCUUCUCGGUUGCUUAGGAUUCCUCAGUGGCGCCUCUCUGAGCAAGGGCAGUCUAUCCUAGGACGGUGGAGACGCGAGGCUUUUUUUUGCUCUCUUGGUGGUUUCCCUUUGGGUGGCCAAGGUGAGGACAGGAUUUUGGGCCAGGCAAGCGCGCCUUUGGGCCUGAUCCUGCUGCCACAGGGGGCUCCUCCUAGGUUCUGACCCGCAGCUUAAAAAAGGUAUUGGAUCAGUUCAGUGGUUUUCAGUGGCCGCAUUGACUGCAUUCUCAUAUACAGUGUUACUUCAGGUUACAUACGCUUCAGGUUGCAGACUCCGCUAACCCAGAAAUAGUGCUUCAAGUUAAGAGCUUUGCUUCAGGAUGAGAACAGAAAUCGGGCUCCAGCGGCGCGGCAGCAGCAGGAGGCCCCAUUAGCUAAAGUGGUGCUUCAGGUUAAGAACAGUUUCAGGUUAAGAAUGGACCUCUGGAACAAAUUAAGUACUUAACCUGAAGUACCACUGUGUGUAUGUGUGUGUGUGUGUGUGUGUGUAUGUAUAUAUAUAUAUAUACAUAUAUAUAUACAUAUAUAUAUAUGUAUGUAUAUAUGCAGUAUAUGUUUUUAUUUGAUUUUAAAACGUAUAAGCAUAUAACAAAAUCAAUUAAAAACCCAUAAAAUGCUCAGAAUCUCAAGACUUCCCCCCCACAACUCUUAAUAACAAUGUUUAAAACUACAUAUGUCAGUUCAUAUCCAGAUUUUUCCAUCGGUCUGAAUUGUCCAUAGCUUUUGUUACUUUGCAAGGGUGGUUAAAACCCUGCUAAUGUUUUCACCGGGCCACAAUGGUCUUGUAAAUAAAUGUGUUCUCCAUUCACUGUCAAGGCAGUAGAUGCAGAACUGCACUUGGCUCUGACUUUUGGGCGUUUGAUCGGUCACAGUGAGGCAAGGGCACGAACAGGAAUAUUUGGGGGGGGGCAGGUAAGACCCGACCCACAUAACUGACCGCAAGAUGUGGCGCACGAUCGCCAUGCAAAUGGCAAUGCCCAUCAACUUUGGGUAUCAGUGUGGCCCCCUCAAAUAAUUUAUCAGAGGAGAGGCGAAGGGACUUCGGCCCCUAGGAGCUAGUCUGCUGUGCUGUGAGGACAGGUCUGGAUGAGACCCUUUUGGCCGGAUCCAGCUGCUGCAGGGCUUUCCUUUUGCGACAGAAAAAGGAGGCAAAUAUAGAUUGUAUCCGAGAGAGCGCUGUAAACACCUGAACUCCCUGGCCAGGCUUUGAAUAACUCUUGCGAUGUUGCAAAGACUUCGGAUAUAUUGGAGAAGACUAUUCAAAUGAGCUAUAAUAUGCAGUUGAUUAAGAUAUUUAAAGGACCCACAGAGGGGAGGAGGGAAAUCUGAAGAUUCGGAAGAAUCCUUGUUCUGUUAUGAAAUGUAAUUGUGUUAAAUGUGUGCGGUUUGUUUUGUAAAACCAGUAAAAACCGUUUCGAAAAGAAGAGGAAAAAGGAGGCUAUUCGCACCGUGCGCAGCUCCACUAUGGGGCGAGAUUUAGCGAUGGGCAUCAACUUGGAUGACUCUAAAAAGGAGAUUAUACAAAUCCAGGGAGGAUCUGUGGCUUCUGGCCAAUGGCUGUGUUGUUGCUGGAAAUGCCUCUGAACGAUGAUGCGCUAAGGUCCGGGUUUCGGGCUUCCGUUUUGGGGCAUCUUAGCGGACACUGUGAGGACAGGAGUGGGGGCCGGAUGCCCUGAUCCAGCUACUGCGGGACUCUCCUUACCUUCGCUUUGGGGGGGAGGGAAAAUAAAGGGGGCACACUUGCCCCAUGGAGCUACCAUCCCUUUUGGACGUAGAUCAGUGUUCGAAUUUCGCCAGGCGCAUUUUGCACCUGGCCGUCCGCCCCUUGCAACCGAGUAAAGAUUCCCAGGUGGCUUGACGUCUCUGCCAUUUUGGGGGUCCUUGGAUCUGGACCGUUUUCGCACACUAAUACCUCCCCGUCCUGUAGAAUUCCAUCCCUUCUAUUUUAUCCGCGUGGUCGGAAUGGAUUUCAGGAACCGUAUUGAAAAAUAGCGACCCACAAAUCCGGCCCACAAAUGGCAAGGAGGCGUUCCACUUUGCCAACCGGAACCCUGGUUUAAGGAGCCAUUUAUCUGAGUCUCUAAUGCUUUUAAGAUACUCCCACCUUCAUCAAGGUGAAAUAAUAAUAAUAGUAGUAAUAAGUUUAUUAUUUACACUCCGCCCAUCUGGCUGGGUAUCCCCAGCCACUCUGGGCGGUUCCCAACAGAAUAUUAAAAACACGGUAUAACAUCAGUCAUUAAAAAGCUUCCCUAAAGAGGGCUGCCUUCAGAUGUCUCCUAAAAGUCAUAUAGUUCUUUAUCUCCUUGACAUCUGAAGGGAGGGCGUUCCACAGGGCGGGUGCCACCACUGAGAAGGCCCUCUGCCUGGUUCCCUGCAACCACACUUCUCGCAGGGAGGGAAUCGCCAGAAGACCCUCGGGAGAGGGACCCCGGUGUCCGGGGUGGAGACGCUCCUUCAGGUCUACUGGGCCGUUUAGGGCUUUCAAGGUCAGCACCAACCCUUUGAACUGUUCUCUUCCCAUCUCUGCCAUAUAGAAAACUCGCUGCGUCCUAAAAAUUUGCUGCUGUCCCCCUUGGGGCUUUGGGGCUGCUGCUUCCACCUCUGAGUUCAUCCUCCGGCCCAAACAUCUCCCCUCCAAAGUAAGCCCAAUGGCGUUCUGUUGGGACUUACACCUGGGUCAAAGGUUCUAGGAUCCGGGUCGUAAUAUUUUAAAAUAAGUUAAACCAAAGGCUUUUGGGGCUGAGCCGCUGAAGCCUUGUCUGGCUCUGUUUUGCAGCGACUGGGAACUUCCUUUUUGGUUUUGAAUCGGCGGCGGAUCCUUUCGCAAGCGAAGUGUCUCCGCGCCACAAGCGGAAGAGGUGGCUGUGCCUCUCUCUUUGCAGCCGGGCCUCUGCCCCUUAAUUCCUUUUCUUUUACACUCCCCUCUGUGAGAAAUUUAAACUGCCAAACUCCCCUCCCCUCCUCUUUUUUUGGCUAAGUCUCCAUACACAGCAUACUUUUAAAGCACUAGUCUUCCCCCAAAAAGAAAGCCCUGGGAACUUUAGUUUCAGGGUGCUGGGAAUUGUAGCGGCGCGAGGGAUAAACUGCAAUUCCCGGUAUUCUUUUUCUUUAAAGGCACAGCUCAACGUUGGCUUUGAGAUGUGAGGUUGGUUUUCGUUCUAUACGGAAGUCUUUGUUUUGGAAAUCACCAUUCUCCUUUUGAACAAGCGGAGCCUGUUUUUUUACUCCUCUGUUGUGAAAUUGAGGCGGUCCGUAAAUGGAACUGAAAGGGAAUAAAUUGGCGAUCGAUUAAUCGGCAAAUCCCGCGGUUGGGAGCGAGGAGGGGGCUGCUCUCGGGGGCUGCUAGCUCUCCAAGCUCGGAGGCAGUGAUGCUUUUUUGAACUGGGAAAGAGCCGAGUUCGAAUCCCCACACGGCCCUCGGAAACCAGCCGCUGCCUCUUCUCAGCCUAGCCUACCUGGCAGGGCCGUUGUGCGGAUUAAGAACGAGGAGGCGCAGAACCAACACCCUUAAUUUCCUCGGCCGAUGAACGCGAUUGAGGAGCAGGGCGUGGUGUGGGAGGCAGCAAAACCGCACUUUGGAAACAUGGGCUCGGUACGUUGGCAACCCUCGGGAGCAGAAGCGCCGGGGCCGGCCUAUGCAUUUGGCAGCGGCUGCUGCUGCUUUUGCCCCCGAAGCAACUGGGAUCCGCUUGUGUGUGUGAGAGGCCAAGAUCCGCAGAGGAAGAGCCUCCGUUUCCUGUUUGCGCGGCUGACGAGAAAAGGCCCUGGCAGCUGCUGUGCUCUGUGCAACGGAGCCGAUUUGAUCUUCCCUCUUUUCGCCUUCCUCCAAAUGUCGGGAAGGGGCUGCGUGGCUCAGUGGUUAGAGCGCAUGAUUCUCUUUAUAAUAAGAAUACAUUUUUAUUUGUAUCCCGCCCUCCCCGCCCAAAGCCGGGCUCAGAGCGGCUAACAAUAGGUAAAAAUAGCACAGCAUACACAAAAUCACACUGUCUAGUAAUUAAAACACAUUCUAGAAUCAAUUCAGAAUCAAUUCAGAAUCAAAUUAAUGGCAAACAUCGGGUUAGAGUUUAUAUAAAUUAAAAUAACCUUUAUUGUACAUCAAUUAACUUCAGUUUACAUAUAACAUUUAGCAUACGAUACACACUACACACACUUCAACAAACUGGAAACCCAGCCAGAUGGGCUGGGUAUAAAUAAUAAAUUAUUAUUAUUAUUAUUAUUAUUAUUAUUCAACAUAGUUACACCACAAACACCAACUUCCAGUUCUCCUCAUUGUGUCGUUUUACAUUUUGCUGAUCUGUACACAAUUCAUUGUCGUCGUCUUCCUUUCCCGUUUAUUACGAAGAAGAUUUUAUUGUAUACUUCCUCUGUCUUUCAAGAUUCAUUCUAGGUCUGCCAGGGGAUGGAUACUAUUGCAGUCGUUUUUAAUAUAUUCCUUAAAUACUGCCCAUUCUUUAUUGACUGAACGUCGCUCAUCUUCUCCCUGUCAUCCCUGUGAGUUGUAAAUAUUCUGUCAUUUUCGCCUGCCAUUCCGUUUUGGUGGGGAUGUUAUCGCCUUUCCAAUUCUUUGCUGUUAAAAUUAAAAGGGGAAGGGGAGCAAACGCUUUGGGUGCAAAAUGGGGCUUGGGUGCCAAUUCUGCCCAGGGCCGGAACCCGCAGGGAGCCUCUGCGUCCCGUCGGUUUCCUGUGCGCCCGACUUCCCCCUUCCCUUCUCCCCACCGGCAGUUACAUAACCGGACAACGGCCGGCUCUGCUUGCCCUGGGGUGCCCUCAGCACCCUGUGAUGUAACCGGGCAUCGGGCCAGAGACGGGCAUCUUGCAGAAAGUUAGGGUGUUGGGGUUCUAGUCCGUUUGUUCUGUUCUAGUCUAGCUGUGGGUUAAACCACAGAGCCUAGGACUUGCCGAUUGGAAGGUCGGCGGUUCGAAUCCCCGCGAUGACGGGGUGAGCUCCCGUUGCUCGGUCCCUGCUCCUGCCAACCUAGCAGUUCGAAAGCACCUCAAAGUGCAAGUAGAUAAAUAGGUACCACUCCGGCGGGAAGGUAAACGGCGUUUCCGUGCGCUGCUCUGGUUCGCCAGAAGCGGCUUAGUCCUGCUGGCCACAUGACCCGGAAGCUGUACGCCGGCUCCCUUGGCCAGUAAAGCGAGAUGAGUGCUACAACCCCAGAGUUGGCCAUGACUGGACCUAAUGGUCAGGGGUCCCUUUACCUUUAGUCUAGCUGUGGUCUAAACCACAGAGCCUAGGACUUGCUGAUCAGAAGGUUGGCGGUUCGAAUCCCCGCAAUGACGGGGUGAGCUCCCGUUGCUCGGUCCCUGCUCCUGCCAACCUAGCAGUUCGAAAGCAUGUCAAAAGUGCAAGUAGAUAAAUAGGUACCACUCCGGCGGGAAGGUAAACGGCGCUUCCAUGCGCUGCUCUGGUUCGCCAGAUGCGGCUUAGUGACCCGGACAAACUGUCCGCAGACAAACGCCGGCUCCCUCGGCCAAUAAAGCGAGAUGAGCGCUGCAACCCCAGAGUCAUCCACGACUGGACCUAAUGGUCAGGGGUCCUUUACCUUUUUAGUCCAUUUGACUUCUGAAAUGUCUGGAAACCAAGGCGCAGCUUCUGAUUGGCGCAGGCGCCCCGGAAACGAUAGCCGACAGCUGCGUCAGGCUUCCAGAAAAACGUUUGAAAACCGGAGCACUCACUUCCAAGUUUUCGGCGUUUGAGAACCAAGGCGUUGGGGAGCUAAGGCAUUUGGGAACCAAUGUACCACUGUAUAUUAAAAAAACCCCACAGAAUUAUUUACAGGCAAUGUAAUUCUCAGCAGGGAGACCUUGAUUCCAAUCUCAAUCGUAGCUCCAGGCGCCACUGUUGGACUGUUGAAAGCUGCCGUCACCAAUUGCUUUUCAACAUUAGGUGUUAAUUUUGAUUUUUAUAUUUUCAGGCAGGGUCUUUAGUCAGGGGAGUGUAUUUUUCCACGAGUUUGCAGACAUUAUCACUGCCAGUUGUUUUGAUUAUUUUCAUUAUCUCGGACACAGAUGUUCUCGGGUGUGAAAGACCCCGGGACUUACAGGCAUAGGGCGGUUCGCACAUUUAAUUAAUUGCCAUUUGCUUUAAUUAUUUUAUGUGGCUUGGACACAGAUGUGUUUGGAUCCCUUGACAGCUCCUAAUAAAACACCCUUUUGAAUAAUUAUUAAAAUGUAUCUUGUGAUUUUAUAUUGGAACUUUGCUGAGAACCACCCUGCGACUUACGGGCAGUGGAAUAGGGGUUUGAAAUUUACAAAUUCUGGCCGAAAGCUAGGAACCUGGGUAGACUGCCUGUGCAGCUGGAGGUUCCAUUAUUAUUAUUAUUAUUAUUAUUAUUAUUAUUAUAUAUGUGAAGGGUGCUGACAGCUGCCUCUCUGGGGGUGGGGUCUCCCCCCUGAAAUAACCCUUGCCAUUAACCCUCGCGUGUCUGUCUUUGCUUCCAGCUGCCGACGGAGCAACCGGAAAAGUUUGGUGGUGGGGACCCCAUCGCCCACCCUUUCCCGCCCCCUCUCCCCGCUUUCGGUGACGACAGGUAAGCUGGGUGCAGAAAGCGGGGGCACCCGAGGGCUCCUCCUUGUCCCCCCCAAAAAAUUCUGUUUAUUUAUCCUAUCCAUCAGCAACAUUAUCCCUGUCGCAGGAGCGCCAAGUUUCAUUGCGUUAUGCUUCUCACAGCAUUUUUAAAAAAUUAACCUUUCUUGAUUGAAAAUCAACACACAGCAAAAGUUUUAAACAAGAAAAAACAGAACAAAAGAAGCACAAUGCAUCUCUUCCAAAGAAAACUGGAGAGAGAGAAAAGGAUGUCUCUGUUUUCGCCGGAGAAAUGUUUAAGGGUGUGGAAUAGGACGUCCCUGUUUUGUGUAUAAAUCCGAAAAGUAUAAAUUUAAAAAUGGCAGAAAAAUAGAUUCCUGAGAGCAGGCCUCUGUAUAAAACACCCAGGAGCCUCUAUCACCUUAUGAGGAGUUUUAGAGCUGGAAGGGCACCCCUGUGGUCAUCUAUCCCAACCCCGAGCAAGCGCAGCUAAGGACGGUUUGUUUUUUCCCCCCUCUCUGCAGCCAGCAGCAGCAGCCCCCUCGACAGCCCCCGAAACUUCUCCUCCGGCACGUCGGCCAGCUUCCCCUUUGCCCGCAGGUAGGAGUCCCGCCCGCCAGGGGUGGCGUUGGCCGAAGCGAGUCUGCAGGGCGGCAGGCUGCAGAACAACUGGGUUUGGGGAGGGAGAAACGCGGCUGGUGAAACUGGAGGGGGGGGGCCUUUCCCCAGUCCCAUCCGGAGCCUGAGCCUGGGGGUCUUUCGGCUGCUCUAACCACUGAACCAUCCUUCCCCAAACAGCAGCUUUGCUCUCUCUCUUCCCCUUUCCCCUUUCUGCCACUCUUUUCACGGGUUGGGAGAUUCCAAACUUGGGGAGAUUCCAAACUUUCCGGGCAUUGCCUUCAUCGGUUCUUUCGCCGGGUUGGGAUGGAUGGCCUUUGGGGGUCCCUCGCGACUCGGCAAAUCCCUUCUGCUAAAUGCAAAGGCGUAUCCCGAAUUUGGGAAGGGAGGGUCUUGGAAGAAAGGUACCUUGCUUCCGUUUUGAAGUCUCACCUUUUGCCUCUUGGCCGCGCCUCUCUCUCUCUCUCUCUCUCUCUCUCUCUGUCUUCCUCUCCCCAAAUUUCUCUUUUUCCGGAUGACGUGCCACCAAUUCCUGGCCCAGCCAUGCUCCUCGGACCGACAGGUGAUUGGCGUUUCCAAAACCACUUUAUUCGUCGCCAGCCACUCCGGAAAUGAACUUUAUAGAUCCCGCUCCUCCGAGGUGGAAGGAGUUCCUAUCAUUUAAUCAUGGAGGAGCGGCGGCUGGAGUUAUUGGAGAGGAUACUCUGGAUUAGAGAAAAACUGAAAACGAGGGAACCCCUCUUGCGCUUUUUGCGUAGAAGGGAAAACGAAGUGAUCUAUUUCGGGAUUUUCUAACCAAGUAGAUCAGUUAGGAUCAGGUCGGAGUGGCUGGGGAAACCCAAUCCGAUGGGUGGGGUGCAAAUAAUAAAAUUAUCAUUAUUAUUGAGUGAAUGUUUGGAAUCCUUUCUUUUAUGUAACAGAAAGGCAGAAAAGUCCUUUAUUUUUCUCUGUUUGCUUCUUCUGCUUUUUUCGUUUUCCAGUUUUGUUUUCCCCCCUCUUUGCUUUUAUUCGGAUCGGUUUCUCUUCUCGUUGCAUGAAAAAGCUUUACUGAAACCACUCGCUCGACUGCCCUCCUUUUUCCCUUUCCAGGGCUGACGGCCGAAGGUGGUCUCUGGCCUCCUUGCCCUCCUCCGGCUAUGGCACCAACACCCCCAGCUCCACCGUCUCAGUAAGUGGGUCUUUUCUUCCUGCAGCGGGGAGUUCCGCAGGUGUCAGCCCACAGCGCUGCCGGGAUCUCUUUGCUUUUUGGGUGGGGUUAGACACGCAGCCGAGACCUAAAAUGGCGGAAUUGGAAGGCACCCCUGUUUAUUUAUUUGUUUUUCUCAUUUCUAUACCGCUUUAUAUUUUUAAGAAAAAACCUCAAAGCGGUUUACAGCGUAUUAAAUCAAUAAAACACCCCUGAGGACAGAAUAGGAAAUAAAAGAAAUGUCAAAAAGUGGGAGUCUUUUCUCGCUACUGCCAGGAAUGUUAUUUCACUUUGGGGGCCGCAUUUAGCACUUUAGCAAAGCUCUUGAGGGCCGGAGGCAAAAAACCUCAAAAAACGGGCGUGCAAAUAUUGGCAGGCUCGUUUCACAGCCAGCCUGCUGUCUCCCUCCUCCAUCCAGGCGAGCAAUGGGGCAUGAGCAGAGUGCGAGGAGGGUGUGGAUCGGGGCCAGUGAGGGGGAGUGGCCUGGGCAGAGGGGGCGUGGCCUAGGGAAGGGGCGUGGCCUGGUUAGAGGAUCCGUUGGCCAGGUAGAAAGAGAGGGUCCUGUUUGGGGGGCCACACCGGGUGGCCCCUGCGAGGGCCCGAUCCGCCCGCUACAGGGCUCUCCCUACGUCCUGCAUAGAAUUGUAGGCUUGGACGGGGACCCCCAGCGGCCAUCCAUUCUGACCCCCUGCAAUGCAGGAAUCUCAGCUAAUGCAUCCACCAUGGCCAGCCACCCAACCUCUGCUUGGAAACCUCUGUCCGCCAGAAAGCUUUCCCUGCCGUUGAGCCAUAGUCUCCUCUCCUGCCACUCAAAGCCACGAGUUCGAGUCCUGACCCUCCUCCGUAGAGCAGGAGGAAAGAUGACUCCCCUAUCGCAUCCUGUAGAAAAAAGACAGCCGCGGAACCGAGAAAUUACACAAAUCAAAUGAAAUACCGUGAAAAUCCCUGAAACGAGAAGUAAUUGACUAGAAAGAUUAUCUUAUAGAAAUAACUAAAUAACAAAAACAAUAAAAAGGUUUAAGGGGAAAAAUUAGAAAAGUCUAGAAUUCUACAAAGCCUUAACGGGAUGCCGGCUACAAACCUCGUUUCACUAUUCAGUUUCCUCAGAAGGAAAUAGAAAAAUCGUAACUCAAAGGUACAGUUUCUGAUACUAAGUUUACGAAAAAGGUUUGAAAACCUAAAUGGCAAGUUUUAGACACAGCCCAACUUGAAGAAAGCCAAACGCAGGAAUAAAGAAUUGAGAAAACUCUAAUACUAUUGCCUUUACAAAAAGGUUUUAAAAACCUAAAUGGCACAAAUUCAAAGGAAGGAAUAGAAAACAGAUUUUAAACGAACUCAAGAACAGGUCUGAAACUCUCAUGGUGUAGAUGUUACUGCUGAUGAUCUUAUUUCGAUAAGAUCGUAUUUCUAGUCCAUUACUUCUCGUUUCAGGGAUUUUCACUGUAUUUCGUUUGUUUUGUGUAACUCCUAUCGCAUCCCGGCUUCUGUUUUUUCCUCUGCCCUCCCCGUUCUCAGUCUUUCCGCUCGCUCCUCCGUCCCGAGGACGGCGAUUCAGAUUUUCCGUGUGGGUGAUGGGUGGCUGAGCACCCAAAGGUGCCCCUGAUCUCAUCGCCCGCCUCCUCCUCCUCCUCCUGACGCCUGGCCUUCUCUUUAUCUCUCUCUCUCUCUAGUCCUCCUCCUCCUCCUCUCAGGAGCGCCUCCACCAACUCCCUUACCAGCCCACGCCCGACGAACUCCAUUUCCUCUCCAAACAUUUCCGCAGCACCGAGAGCGUGGCGGCCGAAGACGGGCGACGCUCGCCCUACUUCCGGCCCCGAUCCCGGAGCCUCAGGUAGGAGACGCUUCCGAACCGCCGGCUCCGAUUUUUAGGGGGCGGCUGGAAUGGAGUGAGCGGUGUAAGGUUUGCAGCGUUGGCUGUUCAGAAGAGGCUUCCUCGACCUUCGGCCCUUUUGGCCUACAACUCCCAUGAUCCCUAGCUAGCAGGACCAGCGGUCAGAGAGGAUGGGAAUUGUAGUCUCAAAACAUCUGGAGGGCCGAGGUUGAGAAUAUAAGAGAUUAAGGACAUGCGUUAAUUAAGUGUAAAAUAAUGGAACCAGGGAGGGGAGGGGAGGGAAGUCAAUCAAGACUUAUGCUUUAAAUUUUUGAAUGUGAUUAUUGGAUUUGGGGGGAAGUUAUUAUAAAAUCAAUAAAUUGUGUGUGUGUGUAGAGGAAUGGAGUGAGCGGCGAAGGGCUAAAGGGGAGGAGACGCAAGUUCAGAGGCCAUGCAAGAGUCUGCGCCCUUUGUAACUUUAUCAUCUUUUAUUACUAUCAUGAUCAUCAUCAUUGCUGUUCUCUUCCUGAAAUUAUCCCAGAUCUGUAGCUAAAAACGAGCGGCGGCUGCUUUUCCUCCUCCAACCGCGUCCCUUUUCCUUUCGUGCCCUGUCUUCUUCCUUCCUUUGUUCCCGUCUACCAGCUGCUUCUCACGAAGCCGUUCCGUAGCGAAAGCGCCAGCGGUGAAAACGAUGGGAAUCAAUUUGAUCUGCAUGUUUUCUUAUUAGGGAUAUAUAUAUAUAUAUAUAUAUAUAUGUUUUAAAAUACAAAAUUAUAAAACAUACCACACAAUUUAUCACAAAUACAUUCUCAUUGGACUUCCAUCAGCACCUCUGAUAAUCCUCCGUCUUAUUCACUUCUUACGCAUUUCCUAACUUAAUGUUGCCUUUAUGUUUUUAACAUAUCCCGUCUCCUUCUUCAUUUUUCCAAUAUUUCUAAUGUUAUUCCUCACAGAGCUUCUUGCAUACCUACAAACGUCGUCUGGUCAUCGCAAAUACUUUUCAAAUAAUCCGUGUUUUCUUAUUAGUUUUGUGUCAUUAAUGAUUUUAUUACGAUGGUUUUAUUCACGAUGUCCCGUUCUACGCGAGGGGGCGGGAAACCCGACUGCGAUAAAUUGUAUUGAAUUCAUUUGGAAAAAGGAAUAAAAAAGAAUUUUGCGAAAGAGAAGGCUGGAGGGUUUGCGGCCGAGAUUUCUGGUGCGGUUGGGGGUUUUGUUUGUCAAUUUUUCACCCCCCUUUCUCCCCCCGUCCUCCGCAGCCCCGGCCGGACGAGCGGGACGUUCGACAACGAGAUUGUGAUGAUGAACCACGUCUACAAGGAGAGGUUUCCGAAGGUCAGUAAAAGCGCCGUCCCGUAAUCCGGCGCCAUUCGAACUCGGGUCUCGGCCGGGAAAAGUGGGGUAGGCCUCUCUUUCUGGCCCCCUCUGUUUCGGAGGGUGUCCCACCCACCUUGUCCUGUCCCCCCGCCCCACCCCAGGCCACGGCGCAGAUGGAGGAGCGUCUGGCGGAGAUGAUUGCCAACUUAUCGCCCAGCAACACUUUGCCGCUGGCCGACGGCGUCUUGGGCUUCAUCCACCACCAGAUCAUCGAGUUGGCGCGCGACUGCCUCUCCAAGUCGCGGGGGGCCCUCGUCACCUCCCGCUACUUUGCCGAGCUGCAGGAGAAGCUGGAGAAGAUGCUCCGAGACGUGAGUGGGACCCUCAGCGGUCAUCCAUCCCAACCCGCUGGAAGGGCAGGAAUUGCUGGCGGAGGGAACCCCCUCCCCAAACCUCUCUAAUAAUAAUAAUAAAAAUAAAAAUUAUUUAUAUCCCGCCCUCCCCAGCCGAAGCCGGCCUCAGGGCGGCUAACAACAAUAAAAUAGUACAGAAUUCUAAGAUCAUUCAUUACAAAGUUAAUUCAAAAUUCUAAGGCUUAUUUCCCCUAAUUUGAUUUUUGAAUUUUAUUGUUAUUCAUGUUUUUAUACUGCUUUUAUAAUUAAGUGUUUUAAAUUUGUCAUCAGCCACCCUGAGCCUGGUUUUUGAACCGGGAAGGGCGGGGUAUAAAUACAAAUUUAUUAUUAUUAUUAUUAUUAUUGUUAUUAUUAUUAUUAAAACAAACCUAGAAGAGUUGGAAGGGACUUCCGAUAUCUUGGGUUUCUACGCUGCAAGCCGCCCCGAAAUCUACUGACAGAGGGCGGUCUGCAAAUUUAUUAUUAUUAAUAUUAUUAUUAUUAUUAUUAUUAUUAAUAACAUUCCAGUCCUUGGAAGGGAAAGUUUGGGUAGAAACAGCAUAAAUGAAUGAAACGAAUAACUCGCCAGGUAGCAGGACAAAGCGAGAGUUUGGCGAGGUUUAUUGGGAAAACGACUCGGGAAAAUUAAAAGCAGCGAGAGGCCAAAAUAGACGCAACCGUUUUGUAUUUAUUUUUUGUAAACGUGAUUUUAAAAAUGGCGGCUGCUGAGGCCCUGUUCUCCCUCUGGUCCUCCUCCUCCAGGCCCAGGAGCGCUCCGAGAGCGAAGAGCUGCGCUUUGUGGAACAGCUGGUCCGGAAAUUCCUGAUCAUCAUCUCCCGUCCGGCUCGGCUGCUGGAGUGCCUGGUAAGGAGAGUCGCUCGAACCCGCAGCCGGCCGGCUGUUAAUCGAAGGGGGCGCGCUUUUUUUUCCUCCUCCCUCCUCCUCGCUUCUCCCUUGCGUGUGGCGCGCAUUUUGCACAGAUGGGGGCGGUCAAAGGGGAAAACGCGUCGGAUUUUGUCUUGUAUUAUCUUGUGCACUGUGGUUUGCUGUUGUUUUAUGGAUUGGAGUUUAGAAAUUACUUAUUGUAACUGUUGAGCGGAUUUCUGUUUAAUUCUGAAAUGCUGAUAUUUAAUAUUAUUCUAUGUUGUUUUAAAAGAGAGGUAGAGCUGGGUGUCAUCCGCAUACUGAUGGACCCCCAGCCCAAACCCCCUGAUGAUCUUUCUCUCCCUUCCUCCUUCCCUUCUUCCCUCUCCUCCUUUUGUGGCAGGAAUUUGACCCGGAAGAGUUCUACCACCUCUUGGAAGCCGCCGAAGGACACGCCAAAGUCGGCCAGGGGAUCAAGACCGAUAUUCCAAGAUAUAUCAUCAGCCAGCUGGGCUUGGCCAAAGACCCUCUGGAGGGUGAGGAUUUGGGGCGGACGGGGACCCCGAUUUUCAGGUGGAAGGCGUGGGGUGAGGUGGGAACUAUCCAGGGCCGGAUUUCGGUUUGAUGCGGCCCUCAGCUCCUGAAGGGAACGGGGCCCUUUCUAUGUCCAGCUGUCCUUUGUCCACAACAAAUUGCCGCUGUUUUUUGUGUUGAAUAUAUGCUAUAUCAGGCAUGGCCGAACUCGGCCCUCCAGAUGUUUUGGGACUACAUCUCCUAUCAUCCCUGACCACUAGCUAGGGAUGAUGGGAGUUGUAGUCCCAAAACAUCUGGAGGGCCGAGUUUGGCCCUGCCUGCUAUAUGGUCAUUGAUGGACCAAAUAGAUAUCUCAAGCCAUUGGCACAUGGCAAAAGAUGUGCUGUAUUUUCCGCACUUGACCAUAAGACUCACCAAGUUUUUAGAGGAGGGAAACAAGAAAAAAAAUCUAUUCUGAACGAGACAGUGGAUGUAGGAUUUUUGUGGUUCAUGCUGUGGCCACAGAUGUGUGAGUUUGGGGUGGGACGCGGGUGGCGCUGUGGGUUAAACCACAGAGCCUAGGACUUGCCGAUCAGAAGGUUGGCGGUUCGAAUCCCCCCGACGGGGUGAGCUCCCGUUGCUCGGUCCCAGCUCCUGCCCACCUAGCAGUUCGAAAGCACGUCAAAGUGCAAGUAGAUAAAUAGGUACCGCUCCGGCGGGAAGGUAAAUGGUGUUUCCGUGCGCUGCUCUGGUUCGCCAGAAGCGGCUUAGUCCUGCUGGCCACAUGACCCGGAAGCUGCACGCCGGCUCCCUCGGCCAAUAAAGCGAGAUGAGUGCCGCAACCCCAGAGUCGGUCACAACUGGACCUAAUGGUCAGGGGUCCCGUUACCUUUACCUUUAAUGCAAAAAUCCUGAGGAUCCAAGUGGAUCUGUGCCUUGUAACUACGUUUUUGCACCAUUGCGGCCCCAGGCAACAGUGGGUGCGUGGUUAUUUUGGUGCAGGUGUAGCCAUGGACAUGCUGUGGGAUCUGAUGGUGAAUUUGGGGUGACCCAGUGCAAAACUCCUGAGGAUCCAGGGGCUUUUACCUCCUUCUGCCAGGCAGCCUCCUUUAUCUCUAGCGUCCCUUAUCUCCCUCCCGAUCGCUUACCGAUCAGCUGCUUCCUUUCCCUCUUGUUUGCCUUAGUGUCUUCUCCUUAGCUGGAGCAGUUUUUCGCUCCUCUUUUUCUUCUCAUUUCUCUCCUCCUUCGUAAGGGGCGCCUGGGGUCAUCCAGUCCAACUCCCUGGCAAGGCCCAAGGCGGAACUCGAACCCGCCACCCUGCGAUCGAGGAUCCCGUGCCCUGCCCGAGAAACUGUCCGCUUCGCAGCUUCCCUGGAAUUUAUUUGAGGGCGGGGACAGAGGGUUGAUUCCUGUUUCUUUCUCUCUUCCCCUCCAGAAAUUGUUCAGCUGGAUCAGGUAGACUGCGGCUCCCUGGCGGGAUCAGAGCACCCGGGCGACUUCUCUGAGGUGAGACCAGCCCUCUCCCCCCACUGAUAUCGUAGAACCGUAGGAUUCUACAAUAUCGGGAGGGACCCCGAGGGUCAUCCAUUCCAACCCCCCCGCGAUCUUUUGCCCAAGGUAGAACUCGAACCCAAGACCUUGAGACGAAGAGCCUGUCUCAAGCGGGUUUGGAGGUGGGUGGGCAGUCUUGACCCGGUUCCAGGCUUGGGUGUAGCAAAUAAGAGCUAUAUUAAUGUUAUUUUGUGAACUGAGACUUGUGGGUUUAGGGCUGAAAGAAUAAAAUAAAUAGAAUAAAAAGAAUAAAAUAAAUAUAUUUUUAUUGUACACACAAGAAUAUUUGUUUAAAAGAAAAAGGGCUGUGUAUUUGUCGGAAAACUCAGACAAUGGCGAUGCGUCACUACAAUGGGGGCUGCGUGACGACAGCCUUACGUUUCCCUUUAUAUAGGAGAGAUAUAUGUAUCUCCCUACUAUAUACAUGGAAAGGUAAGGCUGUCGUCACACAGCCCCCACUGUAUACAUGCACACACACAUAUUUUUAAAUGUAUAAAGGCCGUCAAAUGAAUCCUAAUGCCUUGCCUUCCUCUUCUCCUUCCUCUCAGAGCCGCCCUCCUUCCGCCGUUCCUCGCAGGAACCCGUGCGAGAGCGAUUUCGAAACCGUCAAGCUGAUCAGCAAUGGAGCCUACGGGUGAGGGGUUUAUUUAUUUCCCUUUAAUGUUUUCCGUUUCGCAACCGGGUGUCUCUAAUGGGAUAUUGCUGGAGACAUUUUUCUGGGUCAUCUGGGUAGGGGAGCGGCAGCGAGAGCCGUGGUCCGGGUUCGAAUCUCGGCUCUGGCCACUCGCUCUGCCUUGCAGGCUUGUCGUGGAACGGCUCAAAUUCCCCACUCGCCUUCGGAUCUAGUCCCUUUUUCUCCCCGCCUGGCCUACUUCGCAGGGUUGUUUUUGCUGAAGGCCAAACGCUUCCCGCCCCUGUUUUGUCUCUCCUAAACAACCCCCCUGUCCAGUUUAAAUACCUUAUUGAAAUUCAGAAAUAACAUACACAAUAGACCAUCGUGAAAACCGUCGUGUACUAAUAAUCUUAUAUAAAUUAAAUUAAAAUUAAAUUUAUACAAUUUGUUUUUUGCUCGCCUGAUGUGAAUCUUUUUCCUUUUGUCCACUUACUGUAUUUAUUUCCCCGGAUUUGAUCGAUAAAACGGUGGUUUCCGUGAGUCAAAAUGAGAGCACCCCUAAAUGUUUUUCCUUUUUUAAGAAAAAAAGCACCGUUUCAGUGAAUCCACCCCAUUAAACGCACCUUCCCUCGAUUUCGCUGGCCGUUCAUCCUCCUUCUAUCUCUCUCUCUCUGCCUCUGCUCCGCCCACUAGGGCUGUCUACCUCGUGCGCCACAAGGAGACCCGCCAGCGCUUUGCCAUCAAGAAGAUCAACAAGCAAAACCUGGUUCUCCGAAACCAGAUCCAGCAGGUCUUCGUGGAGCGAGAUAUCUUGACUUUCGCCGAAAACCCCUUUGUGGUCAGCAUGUUCUGCUCCUUCGAGACCCGGCGCCACCUCUGUAUGGUCAUGGAGUACGUCGAAGGUGAGGGAGUCAUAGCGCCAGGCGCCAGCCCAGAAAAGGCGGCGUAGUAUGUCCGGCACCCGCUUGGCCGCCAGAAUAAUAAUAAUAAUAAUAAUAAUAAUAAUAAUAAUAAUAAUAUCUUUAUUGUCAUUGCCCCCUUCGGGGACAACGAAAUUACUUGACUGCUCCAUAAAAACACUAAUUAAUCAAUACAGUAUAAUACAGCAAGGGAGAUUAGAUGACUUUCAAAGUCCGGGCUUCCCAUUCAGGGCCGAGAUCGCUCUGGAGAAGAAGCUGUUCUUAAGACGGCUCGUUCUUGUCUUCAUCGUCCUGGAUCUCCGUCCCGACGGCAAGAGCUCGAAGAGACAGUGACCAGGAUGCGAUGGAUCUUUUACUAUGUCCAGUGCCAUCCUAUGGCACCUUGUGGCAUAAAUCUGCUCUAAGGUGGAGAGUGGGCAGCCAACAAUGCUCUCUGCUGCCUUCACAACCCUGCACAACCCCAUCCUGUCCUGGGUAGUACAGCUUCCGUACCACACACAUAAGCCAUAAGUGAGCACGCUCUCAAUGGCACAGUGAUAGAAGGCAAGCAGCAGUUUCUGCGGAAGACGGUUUUUCCUUAGUAUUCUCAAAAAGUACAGUCUCUGCUGCGCCUUCUUCACAAGCCCCCUUGUGUUGACACUCCAGGACAGAUCCUCUUGUAAUUCAAUGCCCAAAAAUCUGAACGUUGUUACCCUCUCCACACAGACCCCGUCAAUCAAAAGUGGCUGGACGUUGCUCUUCUGUCUCCUGAAGUCCACCACAAGCUCCUUUGUCUUCCUUGGAUUUAUGAGCAAGUUGGUAGCUCUGCACCACUCUGUCAGCCGCUCCACCUCAUCUCUAUAAUCCGUUUCACCCUCCCUUUCAGGGAUGAGCCCAAUACCGGGUGCAAUCCAACCGCCUUAGGUUAUUCUGCAAGGUUUAGGCCAGGCACCCCCAAACUCGGCCCUCCAGAUGCUUUGGGACUACAACUCCCAUCAUCCCUGACCGCUAGCUAGGGCUGAUGGGAGUUGUAGUCCCAAAACAUCUGGAGGGCCGAGUUUAGCUCUGCCUGAUCUAGAGCAGUGGUGGCCAGACUUGGCCCUCCAGCUGUUUUGGGACUACAAUUCCUAUCAUCCCUGACUGCCGGUCCUAUUAGCUAGGCAUGAUGGGAGUUGUAGUCCCAAAACAUCUGGAGGGCCGAGUUUGGGGACGCCUGGUUUAGGCUCACAGUUUUCCUUCUCCCAGAAGGAACCACCAUCGCUCAGUUGCAAGACCCUUGCUUUGCACGUGCCAAGGUCCCGGGUUCCAAUCCAGCCACGAACGGGUUUAAAAUAAGACAGGGAACAGGGCGAUUUAAUUUUUUUAAAAUUUCAUUAUUGUAUUUUUUUGCCCGGGACGUGGAGAGGCUCUGCCGGUCAGAGCGGGCUGUAUUUGGGGGCGAGAUUACCAGGAGGGGUGUGUGUGUCGAUGACUUAAAAACUGGGUCUCGUUGCAUUAAGUUCAUCAAUUAGGUUGAAUUAAUUGAACGGCUUUGACCCGGGUUUUGAAUCAGAUGUGCUUCGGGUUUUAUUUUCUUAGUGCAAACCACUAUUCCGACUUUUUAUAGCGCAGGGGGGGUGCGCUUAAAGGAAGCAAGGGGCAGGGCCUCCCCAAAAAUGUUUGAGAUCCCUGCAUUGCGGCGGGUUGGGCUGGAUGACCUCGCGGGUUCCCUUCCAACUCUUGAGAUCCUGGGAUCCUGGGACCGCCAGCGAGUGUUCAAGCACCCGGGACGGGACUGGCAGGAUUGGGGAGGGAUCUGCCCCCCGUUCCUGGACCGGGGGUCUCUCACCGCCCCUCUGUCUCCCUUAGGUGGGGACUGCGCCACUCUCUUAAAGAACAUGGGUCCCCUUCCGGUGGACAUGGCCAGGAUGUAUUUUGCCGAGACGGUCCUGGCCUUGGAGUACCUGCACAACUACGGCAUCGUCCACCGCGACCUCAAGCCGGACAAGUAAGGGCCGGCCGCCAGGAGGGCUUCCGUCGCCCCUCUGCGUGUGGGUCUGUCUAUUUGGGGACUACAACUCCCAUCAGCCCUAGCUAAGAGGACCAGGGGUCAGGGAUGAUGGGAAUGGUGUUUUGGGAUUUGAUUUCCCAGCCCUUCCGGGGUCCCCUUUUCCCGGGGUCCCUCUCCCCCCCUAACCAAGACCUGUCUCCCCCCUCUGCCCCCCCACCUCACCCCAUAGCCUCCUCAUCACCUCCAUGGGGCACAUCAAGCUGACGGAUUUCGGGCUCUCCAAAAUCGGGUUGAUGAACAUGGCCACCAACUUGUACGAGGGACACAUCGAAAAGGACACCCGGGAAUUCGUCGACAAGCAGGUGAGGGCUUGGGGGGGCGCCGGGACCCACAUUUGGGGGGCAUUUGCCAGGAGGAGUAGGGUCUCCGGGGAGGGCUUGGACGGGGCGCCGGGACCCACAUUUGGGGGGCAUUUGCCAGGAGGAGUAGGGUCUCCGGGGAGGGCUUGGGGGGGUGCCGGGACCCACAUUUGGGGGGCAUUUGCCAGGAGGAGUAGGGUCUCCGGGGAGGGCUUGUGGGGGGCGCUGGGACCCACAUUUGGGGGGCUGUUUGCCAGGAGGAGUAGGGUCUCCGGGGAGGGCUUGGGGGGCGCCGGGACCCACAUUUGGGGGGUCAUUUGCCAGGAGGAGUAGGGUCUCCAGGGAGGGCUGGGGGGGCACCAGGACCCACAUUUGGGGGGCAUUUGCCAGGAGGAGUAGGGUCUCCGGGCAGGGCUUGGACGGGGCACCGGGACCCACAUUUGGGGGGCUGGGUCUCUGGGGGGAGACGGAGAGUCGCGUCUGCCCCACAAGGGGAGAUGCGCCCCCUUCCCCUGUCGGCAGGAUAGGGGUCCCCUCCCCAUGGGGGGCACCCUGAUCGCCCCCCGAAUCUCCCCCUUCCAGGUGUGCGGGACCCCCGAGUACAUCGCCCCAGAGGUGAUCCUGAACCAGGGCUACGGGAAGCCGGUCGACUGGUGGGCCAUGGGCAUCGUCCUCUACGAGUUCCUGGUGGGCUGCGUCCCCUUUUUCGGAGACACCCCGGAAGAGCUCUUCGGGCAGGUGAUCAGCGGUAGGUGCUUCUCCCCCCCUGGGGCGGAGAAUUCGGGAAGGGGGACCCCAAAGGUCAUCCAGCCCACCCCCUCCUGCAAGGCAGGCGUCUUUUUGGCCCAAAAGGGGAGAAUUCAGGAAGGGGCCCCCCAGAAGUCAUCCAGCCCACCCCCAUCUUUUUGGCCCCAAAGGGGAGAAUUCGGGAAGGGGUUCCCCAAAGGUCAUCCAGCCCCAAAGGGAACCCGAAGCCGCGGCCCAGAGUUCGAGUCUCACGCUCCGCCUAUUCAGAAGCUGGGCAUAUCCCUCUGGUCCUCCGCCAACCCCCAAGAGCCUCUACCAAGUGAGCCGUUUGAAAUAUCGUUGGGACCCUGAGGGUCAUCCAGUCCAACCCCCCUGCCAGGCACGGGUCUCGCGUUCGAGUCCUCCUUAAAGGGCAUCUCGUUGGCCACUGUGAGAACAGCAUAAGGGUUUUUAAAAAAAUAAUUAUUAUCUGUUCCAUUUUCAUUACAAUCACAUCAUGACAAAUAAUAAGGAAAUGAAUUCCCCCCAUUCCGGUGACUUCCUUCAACUUCCCUUUCCGGGGGUUUUUUUACAUAUAAAUGUGCCCUGCUUGUAAAACUAGACUUUAAAACGUCAAAUUCUAUUCUUGUCAUUUUAACCUCAUCUUUAUAGCUUCUCUAAGUUAAUUUCGUUAAUUGUGAGGGUUUACUCAAAACCUACUGGCGAGUCCAUUUCUUUUCUUUCUUUCUUUUUAUAUUGUUCUUUAUCGAUUAAAAACGUACAUAUCUAUCAUUGUAUGCUAUCUCUUUACACAUGAAGAAAAAGAAAAUGAUGCAGAGAAUAGAACAUUUAUAAAGGAGCAAAAAAGAGGAAAAAAAAUAAAGAAAUAACAAAGAUACGAAGGGGGAAAAAUCAAAAGAGGAAAAGACAAGACAACAUUAAUUUCACAAUAAAAGUGAAGUCCGUUUCUUUUCAUUGGUUCCGUAAAUGCAACAUAAACUCUUUUUAAAAAUCUCUAUUUGUCUCUUAAGCCUUUCAAUUAACUUUGCCUUUUCGGCAUCAGUUUCUGUGAAGUUUUUCUCCUCCAGCUCCAGUGACAGUCGAUCUGCAUUCACCUAGAGGUAUAUUUUUAAUUUUCGGAGGGGGUUUAGGAUGGGCUCUGAGCUUUUCUGCAUCCGAACGCAGAGCGGAGCCCCCCAUCUCUGGUGGAAUCGGGGUCAACCGCCGCCGCAGCUGCCGGCCAGAGCGCUGCCUCUUCUGUGCCACCCGAACAAAAGGUCCUUUCAGGGAGAGACAAAAGCUCCCCUUCUGACCCCCGGCGUGUGACACCGCCAAGGGGGGGAGAAGCUCAAUUAUGGGGUCUGUUCCCUGCCCCCUUUUCAUCGCCCCCCAAGCUUCGGAAAACUGCCGUGCGAAGCUCUGGGGAACAGAGGAAGCUUUGCGUCAUCUGAAUUUCCGCAGGAUCCUAGAAGGGAGGGACCCCCAAAGCUCAUCCAUCUCUCUCUUUUAUAUAUAUAUAUAUAUAUUUAUUGGGUUUUUUUACAUAUCAUUUCCAACAAUCGUUUAACAUCACUUCUUCCGUCAACCACCUCUGAUGAUUUUCCAUUCUUUAUCCCUUAUUCUGCAGUUCUUAAUUUCUCUAUGACUCUUGUUGUUGUUUUGUCAUUUAGUCAUGUCCGCCUCUUUGUGCCCCCCUGGACCAGAGCAUGCCAGGCCCUCCUGUCUUCCACUGCCUCCCAGUUUGGUCAAACUCAUGCUGGUAGCUUCGAGAACACUGUCCCACCAUCUCGUCCUCGGUCAUCCCCUUCUCCUUGCACCCUCCAUCUUUCCCAACAUCAGGGUCUUUUCCAGGGAGUCUUCUCUUCUCAUGAGGUGGCCAAAGUAUUGGAGCCUCAGCUUCAGGAUCUGUCCUUCCAGUGAGCACUCAGGGCUGAUUUCCUUUCAGAAUGGAGAGGUUGGAUCUUCUUGCAGUCCAUGGGACUCUCAAGAGUCUCCUCCAGCGCCAGAAUUCAAAAGCAUCCAUUCUUUGGCGAUCAGCCUUCUUGAUGGUCCAGCUCUCACUUCCAUACAUCACUACUGGGAAAACCAGAGCUUGAACUAUACAGACCUUUGUCGGCAAGGUGAUGUCUCUGCUUUUGAAGAUGCUGUCUAGGUUUGUCAUCGCUUUCCUCCCAAGAAGCAGGCGUCUUUUGAUUUCGUGGCUGCUGUCACCAUCUGCAGUGAUCAUGGAGCCCAAGAAAGUCAAAUCUCUCACUGCCUCCCUUUCUUCCCCUUCUAUUUGCCAGGAGGUGAUGGGCCCAGUGGCCAUGAUCUUCGUUUUUUUGAUGUUGAGCUUCAGACCAUAUUUUGCGCUCUCCUCUUUCACCCUCGUUAAAAGGUUCUUUAAUUCCUCCUCACUUUCUGCCAUCAAGGUUGUGUCAUCUGCAUAUCUGAGGUUGUUGAUAUUUCUUCCGGCGAUCUUAAUUCCGGCUUGGGAUUCAUCCAGUCCAGCCUUUCGCAUGAUGAAUUCUGCAUAUAAGUUAAAUAAGCAGGGGGACAAUAUACAGCCUUGUCGUACUCCUUUCCCAAUUUUGAACCAUUUGCAAUCAUUUAACAUAACUUCUUAUCUUAUACAAUAUUUUAGCCUCCCGUCAACCACCCCUGAUGAUUUUCCGUUCUUUAUCCCUUAUUCUGCCUUUCUUAAUUUCUCUAUGACUCUUAAUUAUCGUUAACUAAUCAUUCUCUUCAUCGUCUUCCUUGCAAUAUUUCAAAUAGUCCUCCUUACAGAACUUCUUGCAGUCCUACUAGCGUCAUCUGUUCAUUACAAUUGCUUUUCAAAUAGUUCUUAUAUUUACUCCGGUCCUCUAAGAAUCUCUGGUCCCGCAGGUUUCGAAUCCUUCCUGUUAAUUUAUCUAAUUCUGCGUAGUCCAUUAAUUUCAUCCGCAAUUCUUCUUUCGUCGGUAAUUCUUCUUGCUUCCAUUUUUGUGCCAAUAAUAUUCUUGCAAGGGUCAUCCAUCUCAAACCCCCCCCCCCGAAUCGCGGCCCGAGAAAAUCCCUGGUAAGCAAGGAUCUGCCAUCGAGGGAAGGAGAGUCCUGGCAUAUAUAUAUUUUUAUAAAAAAUUGACAUUUUACUGAUUUCCCAAACAAUACAGAAACAGUGACAGUUUAUUUUCUGGGGUGAAAUCCUCAAAAAAACCUUGACAACUUCAAUCCUAAAAAAGAUCAACAACUUCUCUUCAUCGGAUCUGGCCCUCUUUGGAAAAAGUUUGGAAACCAAAGCACUCUAAGCCCUUCCUAUCUAUCUAUCUAUCUAUCUAUCUUUAAUAUUUAUUAAUUUAUUCUAUUUGUUUGUUUGUUUAAUUUCUAUACCACCCUAUACCCGAAGGUAUCCGUAAAAGCAAAACAAAAACAAAAACCCAAUAAAAAUUAAAAACCCUCCCAAAACCAGCGUUUUUGAAAAGGGUGUAGAAUGUAGAGAUCAAGUCAGGCAAAGGCCUGUCUAUUGUUCAGUUUUAACCGCUUUAAAUCCCAGUUAUCCGUUCACAACAAAAUUACAAUUAAAACCCUGCUAACGUCAUUAACCUGGGCACAUCGCUUCUGCAAAUGUGCAACAAACAUCCUCCAUUCUUAGUUUUACUGGGGCAACCCAGUAAAAAAGGAUUCGAAGCCCCACGGCUUUAGGAGUGUAUGGUUCAGAGGAGAAGAGGGUUUCAGCUGCGGUUGGGUUGGGAUGGAUGACCCCUGGGGGUCCCGACCGACUCGCUGAUUCUCUGAGCCCAACCCUGUUUUGUUUUGGGGUGGUGCCAUAAAUGCUCAUACGCAGUUUUUCUUCCGCUUUCUUCGUUCCAGACGAAAUUAUUUGGCCGGAGGGGGACGAGGCUCUCCCUCCCGAUGCCCAGGACCUCAUCACCCACCUCUUGAAGCACUGCCCUUUGGAACGCCUGGGCACAGGUAAAGGGUUUUAUUUUACUUUAAAAAUAUAAUUUAUCGCCUUUUUAGACCCCGGGAGCAUGCAAUUCACCCUGACGCCAACCCUGCGAGUGGGGAUAGAGAUUACCAGAGCCCAAGGUCGCCCAGCAAGCUUCCUGCCCACGAGCGAGGAUUGGAACCCGAGUCCUGGGGCAGCGCUGUAACCAUUAGGCCACGGCGUCUCUCCAUAGAUGGGGAGAGGGGCGUAAAUUUACUUACAGAGCUGGGGAAAUGGAGGGGGGCGGAGGGUGGGAGAUUUGGGGCAGGCGAAAAAAGGCCUCCUCCUUUGAUUAGCUCCUGGUUAACCUGUGGAACUCACUUCCACUGGAGGCAGGAAAUACCUCUGAAUAAUUCCAACCGCUGAGCGUCGCUGCUGUCCGGCUUGCAGGCGCCUGGUUGGGCACCGGAAGGAGAGGAGGCGGGACUAGAUUUACUCGAUCCAAUCACUGCAGGGCUUUUCCACUUCCCAAAAAGAGAACCUCCAUGGCCAGGCGCAAUCUACCUUAGCCCAGUGGCAGGAAAAGCGCUGGAAGAGGGGGCUUUUUAAAUAAUUUUUAUUGAUUUUAACAUACAAAUUAUAAAAUGUACUGCACAACUUUAUCACUUAUACAAUCUUUUUAGACUCGGAUGAUCCAUCGUUUUAACCACUUCUUACGCAUUUCUUAAAUUUAUAUUACUUUUAAAUCUCUUAACUAAUCCUCCUCCCCUUUAUCCAUUUUUGCAAUAAUUCCAAUACUACUCCUCACAAAACUUCUUGCAAACCUACAAACGUCGUCUGAUCUUCACAAAUACUUUUCAAAUAAUCCGUAAAUUUACGCCUGUCUUCCGUGAAUUUCUGGUCCCACCGGUUUCGAAUCCUUCCUGUUAGUUUAUCCAGUUCUGCAUAGCCCAUUAAUUUCAUCCUCCAUUCUUCAAUCGUCAGUAAUUCUUCUUGCUUCCAUUUUUGGGCCAAUAAUAUUCUUGCUGCUGUUGUUGCAUAUAAAAAGAGCUUACAUUCCUUUCUAUUUAUAUCGCUCCCCACAAUGCCCAGUAAAAAUGCUUCUGGUUUCUUCACAAAUGUAUAUUUCUUUCUUUCUUUUUAAUAAUAGUUUUUAUUACGUUUUCCAUUUUAACAAUCCAAUCACAUCACAUUCAUUAUUCCAAAUGAUACCAAUACAGAUCAUAAAGUCCAAAUAUUUUGCCAAAUUAUAAAUGUUUUGUUGGGGCUUCCCAUGCUACAAAUGUAUAUUUUUUUCAUCUCAUUUUUUUCGUGUACAUUUUUUCCAUGCUCCCAGAAGCAUUUCACCUUUUUACAUUGCCACCACAUGUUGGGUUGAAAAUCAUGACAGACGAGUGGCAGGUGUCAUAUGAGAGGCGUCUGCCGGGGCAAGCCCCGGGAACUCUCUUUUAUUGAAUAUUACAAACAUUGCCACAGGUGUGCUUGUGGCUGAUUGGUUGAUACAAACACAAAGCAUCUUGUUGCUGAUUGGUUAACAUAGGUACAAGGCGGGAAUUACAUAUAUCCAUUUAUCACUGAUAGAUCAAAGGCUGAGAAACGGAGCUAGAACUAGACAGGCAUGAAUCCUCCUAAUUAAAUUAUAACUAAAGAUUAAUAUAACAUGACUAAAACAAUUACUAAUGAUUGAUCAUAACAUGAAAGAAUAUAAUAAUCAAGUUCCGUAGAUGUGGUCAGCAAAGCAUUAAGAACAGGUCAGGAUACACUGUUUCAUGAACUCAAUGGGAACUGUUCAGAACAUUCUCAGACUCAUGCGCAGAGGCAAAAACUUCCCAGAAUGCAAGAGAAAAGAAGCAAUCGUUCUCAUAGCAAAACUUAAUGCCACAGUUAUGUGCAGUAAGAGAACUGCAGAAAGAGAACUUCCCUUUAACCACAUAUGAUAAAAAGUUCCCUCUCCCUUGGGUGCUUCUCAUUGGUGGCCCCCUGGACUUAAGAGGGAGCCGCCCCCCGGGGCCCCGAUCCUGACUCCCCUUCUUCCCUGUCCCCCCCGCCAGGAGGGGCGCACGAGGUGAAGCAGAACCCCUUUUUCCGCACCCUGGACUGGAACGGGCUCCUGCGUCAGAAAGCCGAGUUCAUCCCCCAGCUGGAAGCCGAGGACGACACCAGCUACUUCGACAGUAAGGCCUAGCGGGCGGAGCAGGGCACCCCCAAGAAGGCAGGAAAGCGGGCGUGUGUGUGCUUUGAGGCUCAAGCUGCGUCGCAAACCUGAUUUUCAGAAAGGGCAUUCAAUUUGGAAAAUUAAUAAAAAUUAUCGGGGGGGGGGAGAGAGAUUCCGGGUUGGUUUGGAUGACCCACGGGUCCCUUUCCGAUCCACAAUUUGACGCUUCUCCAUAUGCCUCUGGCUGGGUGUUGGUUUUGCAGGGUUUUCCCCGGGGGGGACGGGACCCCCGGCCUCUUCUCUCUGCCCCCCCACCCCUGACAUCAUUUCCUGCCCCCCCCCAGCCCGCUCGGAGCGCUAUCGCCACCUGGGGUCCGAAGACGAGGAGACGAACGACGAGGAGUCGUCCCUGGAGAUCCGGCAGUUCUCCUCCUGCUCCCACCGGUUCAGCAAGGUCUGAAAUUUCGCCUUGGUUACGGUUUCUUUCCCCCCACAAAAAAAAAAAAAUAUUGGUUUUCACAAUGUUAUAAACAAACACACAAGACAAACCAACAUAGAUCACAGCCAUAUUGAAAAUUACACUUAUUAACUUUGUUCAGUGACUUCCUCGCUUCCCCUUGGCUGAAUUUCAUUGCAUGCCCUUUGAACGGUUCUCCAAAUCCCAAUUUUUAUGAAAUUUAACUUAAACAUUAACAUCCUUAAAUGGAAUUAAACCUAUUAAUUCAUCACUUAACAUCAAUAAAAUCCUAAGCCCAUUAAGUAUCUGCAAGCUGUUUUCAGUUAAUUUAACUUGACAAAUUUAACUAGAUAAUCAUUAAAUUUAUUCCACUCUUCCUGAUACUCCUCCUCCUUCUGGUUAGGUCAGCUAGUUCCAAAAAAUCCAUCAUCUUGGUUAUGGUUUCUUGGUUGAGCCUCCAGAGGCAGAGCAAGUCUACCUUGGAAGGGGUUGCAAACAAGAAUGGGAGGAUUUACGUACGCGGCCCGGGUUUCUUUGCCCCCAAAUGCAAAAAGGAGCGAAAAAUGGCAGUUUAACUGGGGAGAAUACGCGCAGCUUGCAGACUUAAAAUAUAGAAUAUUUAGAGGAAAUUGGAAUAUAUUGAAUAUAUGGGAAAUAAUUGUGUAUCCUUGAGAGCGCUGGCAGCGUUAAGAUCAAUUCAGCAGUGCAAAUGAUCUUCGGCGGAUGCAGGAAGGGAAUAGAUUUUGUAAAAUACGCCGGGAUUUUUGAGCCGCGAAACGAACCACGGAAAGAGACGAACGGAAGUCCUUGAUAGUUUAAAGGGGUUUAAAUGCAUAUUCUAAAAUGGAAAGCACAAAAUCUAAUAAGAAAUAUAGAAAGGAAAAGCACCGUCUCCUGAAACCGUGCGCGAUUCGAAUCGGGGUCUCACCAAGACGGCAGGGGUCUCUCUCUUUCUGGCAGCCCUCUGUUUGAUAGCUUAAGCAGGGAUAAAUGAGUAAACAGAAAAACAAAAAUUACAGAAAGGAAAAGCACCGUUCCGUCUCUUGAAACCGUGCACGAUUCGAAUCGGGGUCUCGACGAAAAGUCGGGGGUCUCUCUCUCUUUCUGAUACUGGCUUAAGUAUGGAAAAUGUAAUAAAAUAAAUGUAAUAAAAUAAAAUAAAUGCAAUAAAAUAAAAUAAAUGUAAUAAAAUAAAAUAAAAUAAAAUAAAUGCAAUAAAAUAAAAUAAAAUAAAUGCAAUAAAAUAAAAUAAAUGUAAUAAAAUAAAAUAAAAUAAAUGCAAUAAAAUAAAAUAAAUGUAAUAAAAUAAAAUAAAAUAAAUGCAAUAAAAUAAAAUAAAUGUAAUAAAAUAAAAUAAAAUAAAUGUAAUAAAAAUUAUAUAUUUUUAAAAAACCCAGAGCAGGAGGAGACUUUGGCUCAGCAUCCCAGUUGGGGGGCUUCCCUCUCGAGCCCCCAUGGACCAAGGCAGUCUCCCUGAGAGUGCCAGAGGGUGCUGUGGGGUUUUUUAUUUCCCAAGGUGCCCAUGCAGAUGCCCAUUUCCUUCUCUGCCCCUCGCAGGUCUACAGCAGCUCCGAACAGCUGGCCAAUGCCUCGGCCUCCCUGGGCGCCUCGCCGUCUCCGGAGCAAAGCCGCGCCGAGAAGGACGACCGCGGGGAGCGCUGGGACGAGGAGAAGGGCCGGCUGCCAGGCCCCGAGACCAGGUGGGCACCGGGGGGCACGGGCGGGCACAGGGCUGGGGGCGCCCCAGAGAGAGGGCACUUUGGCGCAGCUAAAAUCGGGUUGCCAUUCGUUCCUUAAAAGCAGCUCCGAAACUUAUUUGCAGCUUUGGUGCCCGGGUUUUUGUGUCAUUUGCAGCUUUGGUGCCCGGGUUUUUGUGUCAUUUGCAACUUUGGUGCCCGGGUUUUUGUGUCAUUUGCAACUUUGGUGCCCGGGUUUUUGUGUCAUUUGCAACUUUGGUGCCCGGGUUUUUGUGUCAUUUGCAACUUUGGUGCCCAGGUUUUCGUGUCAUUUGCAACUUUGGUGCCCGGGUUUUCGUAUUAUUUGCAACUUUGGUGCCCGGGUUUUCGUAUUAUUUGCAACUUUGGUGCCCGGGUUUUCGUAUUAUUUGCAACUUCCAUGCCCGGGUUUUUGUGUCAUUUGCAACUUCCAUGCCCAGGUUUUCGUGUCAUUUGCAACUUUGGUUCCCGGGUUUUCGUAUUAUUUGCAACUUUGGUGCCCGGGUUUUCGUAUUAUUUGCAACUUCCAUGCCCGGGUUUUUGUGUCAUUUGCAACUUCCGUGCCCGGGUUUUUGUGUCAUUUGCAACUUCCAUGCCAGGGUUUUUGUGUCAUUUGCAACUUCCAUGCCAGGGUUGUUGUGUCAUUUGCAACUUCCAUGCCCAGAUUUUCGAAAUACGGUCACCCUAAGGCGGCCCCCUUGGGAGAAUACUCCAUUGUCCCUCAAGACAGACUGGUGCCACCUAAAGGCAACGCCAAGGGCUCCGCGGUUGGCAUCUGGGGGGGGCUUCUCCCUCCCCUGCAGGGUUGGCGCCUCGUCCGCCCCGAAUUGACCCCCUUCUCCCUCCUCUCCCCCAGACUCCGCGCCUGGACCUCCUGCGGGUCGACGGCCCUCUCCUUCCGCCAGGAGUGCGGUGCCCGCGGGGGCCCCCCCGCCCUGAGUGCCACCUGCAGCCUGGAGGCCAUGCCCAGGUUCGCCUUCUCCUCCGAGGACGAGAGCCCCUGCCGGGCGCCCCCCAAGAGGGAGCGCCCCGUCUUCGUGGUGGGGGGCGACCCCGAGGGGCCGGCCGGCGCCAAGACCCCCGCGAAAGCCUCUGGGCUGGCAGGUAGGUGGGUGAAAACAACCUGGCACUGGGCUGGCUAAAAAGCAGCCAAGGUUGUAGUCCUCAUGGCUUGGAAAUAAAAUAAAAGGGGGGGCUGAAUUCAUCCUUGAUCGGUCGAGCUCCUUGCUGCCAACACGGACCGGCAGCCGCAGCUUUCCAGGCACAUUUAAUUUAAUUUAAUUUCACAUUGAAUUUAAAUUUAAUUUAAUUUAAUUUUACAUUUAAUUUAAUUUAAUUUUUAAUUUAAUUUCAUUUUACAUUUAAUUUAACUUUAAUUUCAUUUCAUUUUACAUUUAAUUUAAUUUAAUUUAAUUUUACAUUUAAUUUUAAUUUAACUUAAUUUAAUUUUACAUUUAAUUUAAAUUUAAUUUAAUUUAAUUUUCAAUUUGCAUCCUGCCUUUUCUAUAUUGCUGUUCGCCACGCAGUUGACGGAAUAUGCACCAAAAGGACGCGGGUCUUUUAAUAACAGCUCCGGCGCUGGGCUGUUAAAAAGCAGCUAAGGUUGUAGUCCUCAUGGUUUUUGAAAAAUGAAAAGCUAAAUGCAACAGGGACACAGGGAAGCGACUUGUUUCCUUGACCAGUCGAGCUCCUUGCUGUCAACACGGACCGGCAGCAGCCGGUCUCCAGGCAACAUUCAUUUAAUUUCAUUUUUAAUUUGUAUUCUGCUUUUCUAUAUUAAUACACGCAAGGUGGUUUGCAAAACGUAACCUGGGGCGUUCUGCAGUCAUUGCCAAAUCUCCAGCAAAGCAACUGCAGCCUAUAAAAUGUGAUUAAUUGUUAAUUGUUAAUUAAUUGUUAAUUGUUAAUUAAUCGUUAAUUGUUAAUUAUUACUUCGUCCAUCUGGCUUUGGGGAAACAGCCACUUUGGGGAAGCCAAACCAAACCGCUGAAAAACAAUUCAGCCAGGAAACGCAUUUGCCACGAACGUCGUAUUAUGGGUUGCGCAAAAUGAUUACGGCCUCCGUAAUCAAUAAUAAUAAUCAUAAUAAUAAUUUAUUAUUUAUCGAUCAGGCGAUAUUAUCAAUAUUCACGAAACAGCGACCCAAGAAAUCACACAGCUCCUUAAAAGACGCGUCUCUCUGUUGUACGGAAAAUACGUUCCAUAUUUCCAGAAAAUAGGAUUUAAAAAAAGGGUCUCUGCCCCACGGAGCUUCCAGUCUCUCCAUCGCCACAGCAGAGGAAAGGUUAAUGGGAGGGUAGAGGAAGAAGGCGGCCGCCGUGGGUUUCUGCAAUGGGGUGUUUUUCUUUUUCUUGGGGGGUCAAACGGGAUUCCUUCCGCCACCCCCCCAAAAUAAAUUCUCUCCCUGCAGCUGACCUGUCCAGCCUGAGCCGGAUCCGCCUGCGGAGCAACAGCACGGGCACCAAGAACUCCCUGCCACUGGAUGGCGAGGCCGGGGGGCGCCGGGGGGGCAGCCACAAGGAAACGCCUGGGAAGCAGAGGACUCCCUCGGGGGGCAGCAGGGUGCCCAAGUCGGCCUCCGUCUCCGCCCUCUCGCUCAUCAUCGGGGCAGGUUGGUGGGGGGCCGGACCCUGACCCCUUUAUUAUUAUUAUUAUUAUUAUUAUUAAUUUCGCAAUGGCCAGGCAGAGCCUCCCCCGACGGAGCCGGUCUAUCUGAGAGCUGGGUUUUGCAUGGGGGGCUUCUGGCCUAUGGGGCAGGCGAGGAGGAAGAUAGAUGGGGGCCCCUCUGUGGCCCUCCUUUGUUUCUUAGGGCUCCUCGGUGGAGCCUCCACAGACAGGUCCAGUCUACCUGGGAGCAAGAUCGGGUGACGGCUGCUGCUCUUGGGUCCUGCUUGGGGGUUUUUUCUUGCCUAUGGGGCACCCCAUAGCCUGCUUUGGGGCCAGGCGCUUCUUAGAUUCUUUGGGAUCUUAGACUGAGCCUCCACAGACAGGCCCAGUCUACCUGGGAGCGAGAUCAGGCAAUAGCUGCUGCUCUCAGGUCCCGCUUGGGGUUUUCCCUUGCCUAUGGGGCACCCCAUAGCCUGCUUUGGGGCCAGGCGCUUCUUAGAAGUCCUGGAUUGAGCCUCCACAGACAGGCCCAGUCUACCUGGGAGCGAGUUCGAGCAACGGCUAUUCAUUAUUGCGAUUAUUUCCUGGAUUUCUAUACUGCUCUCAGGUCCUGCUUAGGGGGGUUUUCCUUGCCUAUGGGGCACCCCAUAGCCUGCUUUGGGGUCCUAGAUGGACCCCACUAAUCAGGCCCUCCUUAGCUUCUUAGGGGUCCUAGACUGAGCCUCCACAGACAGGCCCAGUCUACCUGGGAGCGAGAUCAGGCAAUGGCUGCUGCUCUUGGGUCCUGCUUGGGGUUUUUUUCUUGCCUAUGGGGCACCCUAUAGCCCGCUUUGGGGCCAGGCCCUCCUUAGCUUCUUAGGGGUCCUAGACUGAGCCUCCAGGGACAGGAGCAGUCUACCUGGGAGCAAGUUUGGGAGACGGCUAUUGAUUAUUACAAUUAUUUUCUGAAUUUCUACACUGCUCUCGGGUCCUGCUUGGGGUUUUUUCCUUGCCUAUGGGGCACCCCAUAGCCCACUUUGGGGACCUAGAUGGACCCCACUAAUCAGGCCCUUCUUAGCUUCUUAGGGGUCCUAGACUGAGCCUCCACAGACAGGCCCAGUCUACCUGGGAGCGAGUUCGAGCGACGGCUAUUUAUUAUUACAAUUAUUUCCUGGAUUUCUAUACUGCUCUCGGGUCCUGCUUGGGGUUUUUUCUUGCCUAUGGGGCACCCCAUAGCCCACUUUGGGGACCUAGAUGGACCCCAAUAAUCAGGCCCUCCUUAGCUUCUUAGGGGUCCUAGACUGAGCCUCCACAGACAGGCCCAGUCUACCUGGGAGUGAGUUCGGGUGAUGGCUGCUGCUCUCAGGUCCCGCUUGGGGUUUUCCCUUGCCUAUGGGGCACCCCAUAGCCUGCUUUGGGGCUAGGCGCUUCUUAGAAGUCCUAGACUGAGCCUCCACAGACAGGCCCAGUCUACCUGGGAGCGAGUUCGGGUGACAGCUAUUUAUAUUAUUUCCUGAAUUUCUAUACUGCUCUCAGGUCCUGCUUGGGGUUUUCCCUUGCCUAUGGGGCACCCCAUAGCCUGCUUUGGGGCCAGGCGCUUCUUAGCUUCUUAGGGGUCCUAGACUGAGCCUCCACAGACAGGCCCAGUCUACCUGGGAGCGAGAUCAGGCAAUAGCUGCUGCUCUCAGGUCCCGCUUGGGGUUUUCCCUUGCCUAUGGGGCACCCCAUAGCCCGCUUUGGGGCCAGGCGCUUCUUAGCUUCUUAGGGAUCCUAGACUGAGCCUCCACAGACAGGCCCAGUCUACCUGGGAGCGAGUUCGAGCGACGGCUAUUCAUUAUUACGAUUCUUUCCUGGAUUUCUAUACUGCUCUCGGGUCCUGCUUGGGGUUUUUUCUUGCCUAUGGGGCACCCCAUAGCCCGCUUUGGGGACCUAGAUGGACCCCACUAAUCAGGCCCUUCUUAGCUUCUUAGGGGUCCUAGACUGAGCCUCCACAGACAGGCCCAGUCUACCUGGGAGUGAGUUCGGGUGAUGGCUGCUGCUCCUGGGUCCUGCUUGGGGUUUUUUUCUUGCCUAUGGGGCACCCCAUAGCCUGCUUUGGGGCCAGACGCUUCUUAGAAGUCCUGGAUUGAGCCUCCACAGACAGGUCCAGUCUACCUGGGAGCGAGUUCAAGCGACGGCUAUUUAUUAUUACAAUUAUUUCCUGGAUUUCUAUACUGCUCUCGGGUCCUGCUUGGGGUUUUUUCUUGCCUAUGGGGCACCCCAUAGCCCGCUUUGGGGACCUAGAUGGACCCCAAUAAUCAGGCCCUCCUUAGCUUCUUAGGGGUCCUAGACUGAGCCUCCAGGGACAGGCCCAGUCUACCUGGGAGUGAGUUCGGGUGAUGGCUGCUGCUCUCAGGUCCCGCUUGGGGUUUUCCCUUGCCUAUGGGGCACCCCAUAGCCUGCUUUGGGGCCAGGCCCUUCUUAGCUUCUUAGGGAUCCUAGACUGAGCCUCCACAGACAGGCCCAGUCUACCUGGGAGCGAGUUCGAGCGACGGCUAUUCAUUAUUACGAUUCUUUCCUGGAUUUCUAUACUGCUCCCGGGUUCUGCUUAGGGGGCUCCUUACUUAUGGGGCUCUUAAUUCCCCCAAGCCAUUUCCCAGCCCUUAACCCCCCCCCCCCAAAAAAAGUGGGGCGCCCCCUAACUAACUCUCCUCUUUUCCUGCCAGACGACUUUGGGGGCGGCGCCCUGGUCAGCCCCAUCUCUCCCCGCUCCCUCUCCUCCAACCCCUCCUCCCGGGACUCGUCCCCCAGCCGCGACCCACUGCUGGGGGGCUCGGGCCUGCGCCCCCCCAUCGUCAUCCACAGCUCGGGCAAGAAGUACGGCUUCACCCUGCGCGCCAUCCGGGUCUACAUGGGCGACAGCGACGUCUACGCCGUGCAUCACAUGGUCUGGGUGAGGAAAACGGGGUUUUGAAAAGAAAUUCAAGGCGCUAGUCCUCAAGACAAUUUCCCAUUAAAUAUAAAGGCAUUCAGAUUUCGGAUUUUUUAAAAGGCUAAUAAGGCAGCUGCUUCCUACAGAGUCAGGCCAUUGGCCCAGCUAGUGUUGCCUGCACUGGCUGGCAGCCCUUCCAUUAAAGAUAAAGGCACCCAGAUUUAGGACUUUUUAAAGGCUUGUUUGAAAUAGGAACCUGCUAGUGUUGCCCUCACUGGCUGGCAGCUCUUCCGUGAAAGAUAAAGGCACCCAGAUUUAGGACUUUUUAAAGGCUUGUUUGAAAUAGGAACCUGCUAGUGUUGCCCUCACUGGCUGGCAGCUCUUCCGUGAAAGAUAAAGGCACCCAGAUUUAGGACUUUUUUAAGGCUUGUUUGAAAUAGGAACCUGCUAGUGUUGCCUGCACUGGCUGGCAGCCCUUCCGUGAAAGAUAAAGGCACCCAGAUUUAGGACUUUUUUAAGGCUUGUUUGAAAUAGGAACCUGCUAGUGUUGCCCUCACUGGCUGGCAGCUCUUCCGUGAAAGAUAAAGGCACCCAGAUUUAGGACUUUUUUAUGGCUUGUUUGUAAUAGGCAGCUGCUUCCUACAGAGUCAGGCCAUUGGCCCAACUGGUUUUGCAUGCACUGGCUGGCAGCCCUUCCAUUAAAGAUAAAGACACCCAGAUUUAGGAUUUUUUUAAGGCUUGUUUUAAAUAGGAACCUUCUUCGUACAGAGUCAGGCCAUUGGCCCAACUGGUUUUGCAUGCACUGGCUGGCAGCAUCAAUGCAAGAACUGCUUCCUCCACCAGCCCCUGAGUUUGGGUCCUCCUCCCUCCAAGCGGAUUGAAACAGGAGCAAAGCAACACAAGUUGCCAGGCUGGUCUGUUUGGCCCCAUACUGCCUACACGGGCCGGCAGCAGCAACUCUCCAAGAUUUCAGCCUCCGGGUCUUUUUUCCCCAGACCUACCUGGGGGGGUUGAUGGAGGGGGGAGAGAAUCCUUGAAUUGCCUUUAAAACAAACCAAGCUCCCAGUCCUCAAGGUUUGCCUUUGAUUCGCUCCAUCUGACCCCCCUACUGCCAACACUGGCUGGCAGCAUUGGCUACCCGAGAUUCAGAAAAAGGAAUCAGGAGAUGCAGGCUCCUUUCCCAGGAGGAAAAUGUGGUUUUAUCCCAUCUUUCCAACGCCCAAAAAGAAUUUAAGAAAUGAGAUUUCAAAGAAACAGAGGUUUGGGAGCUUAGGACACGGAAGCGGGUUCCGGAGAAAGGAAGCGAGAGCGGGGUUGGGAUGGAUGACCACUGGGGGGUCCCACCCAGCUAUAAACAUUGCCUGCUUUGGGUUGCAGAGUGUUGAGGACAGCAGCCCCGCGCAGGAGGCAGGCCUGCGGGCCGGAGACCUCAUCACGCACGUCAACGGAGAGUCGGUCCUGGGUCUGGUCCACAUGGACGUGGUCGAACUUCUGUUGAAGGUAGGGGGCCGCAUACUGCCUACACGGGCCGGCAGCAUCUCUCCGGUGGGUCGCGAGGAAGGCGGGUCCCAGGGGGGAAACAGCGCAGGCGGAGCCCUGAGGGCGUCAGAAGAGUCGCAGACAGAGAAAGGAGGAUCGGCAGAAUCUUACGAAUCGGGUGGGACCCCCAAAGGUCAUCCAGCUCAACCCGCUGCAGUGCAGGAAUUUCGGAUUAAGCGUCCCAAAGAUCCUCUUAGGGGGCAUCUGGAGGUGGGACUCGGUGGUCCUGAUCCGGAUGCUGCAGCGAGACUCAUCUCUUUUUUAAUAUUUUUAUUUGUUUUUACCGUACCGAAUCAAAAAUUUUAAAUCGAAAAAAUCAAAAUAAAUUCAAAUUUUGAAAAUGUAAUUUAAAAAAAAAAUUAAAAAGUUUUUUUAAAUUGAAAUUGAAAUUUUAAUUUAAAAUGUAAAAAAAUGAAUAGACAAAAAUUCACCCAAAUCUCUGGACAUCCUUUCACUCCUUAGUCCGUUUCCGCUGCAUCUUUUAAGUCGCAGCAAUUUUUUAAUAUAUCCCUCGUUCUUAUUAUUCAGAUCCUGCUAAAUGUUAAGUUUCCCCCGUUCUUUAUUUAAAAAUUCUGGUUUUCCCCGUCAAUUUCUCUAUCAGUUCCUUUUUUUUUUUUUAAAUGAUAUUUAUUGAGAUUUCGAAAACAAAAAAUUACAUAAAAGACAAUGAAAAAUAUAGGGGGGAAAAAGAGAAAAAACAUACAAAAUGCAAAGUAUAGGAAAAAAAUAUAGAAAAAACACUUAGAAACAAAUUUAUCCUUCCGUAUCUUACAUUUCAUUUCCUUGCUUUCCUGACCUCCUCUCACCUCCCUUUUUUGUAUUCUGCUUCAAUUGGUUAAUUCAGCAAUUUCUUUCCCUCUUUGUUUUUAUCUUAAUCCUUUAACUUAAUAUAUUAUAACUUUGAGUUCUGACCUGUUAAUAAUCCAUUUUUACAUACACCUUUAUAACAUUGCUGCUAAAACCACUUAACUUCAAUCCAACAUCAUUCUAACAUUCAUUAAUUUUGCAAUAUUUCUGUAAAUAGUCUUUAAAUUUCUUCCAAUCUUCCUCCAUCGACUCUUCUCCCUGGUCUCGGAUUCUGCCAGUCAUUUCCGCCAGUUCCAUAUAGUCCAUAAGUUUCAUCUGCCAUUCUUCCAAAGUGGGUAAAUCUUGUGUCUUCCAAUACUUUGCAAUAAGUAUUCUUGCUGCUGUUGUAAAGAAAAUUCUGUCCUUCUUUGGCACCAUUUGGCCGACGAUGCCCAGGAGAAAGGCCUCUGGUUUCUUCAAGAAGGUAUAUUUAAAUACCAUUUUCAAUUCAUUAUAAAUCAUCUCCCAGAAAGCCUUAAUUUUUGGGCACGUCCACCAAAGGUGAAAGAAUGUACCUUCAGUUUCUUUACAUUUCCAACAUUUAUUGUCGGGCAAAUGAUAGAUUUUUGCAAGCUUGACUGGGGUCAUGUACCACCUGUAUAUCAUUUUCAUAAUAUUCUCGCUAUCAGUUCCUCUCUGGGCUGAUGGGACGCGUACUUGCGGCUUCUUAGCGGAGCCUCCAUGGACAGGCGCAGUCUACCUUCGAACGCGGCUGGGAAGGCUGCGGAAUUGGGGGACAGGAUCCUGGCAGAGGGUCACCUUGGCACCCGUUGGCACCUGCUGGCACCCACCCCUCUCUCUCUCUCCAUCCCUGUAGAGCGGGAACAAGGUGGCACUGCGCACCACGGCGCUGGAAAACACGAGCAUCAAGGUGGGCCCGGCGCGGAAAAACAGCUCCAGGACCCGGAUGGCCAGGAGGAGGAAGAAGAGCCGCCGGAGGGAGAGCCAGGACAGGUGGGCGAGAUUCGAACCCGCCUCCCGCGCCCAGGCUUGAACCCGGCUCCCCUGCUGCGCCCGUUGCGCCGCGCUGCCUCUCUCUCUUUUUUUUAAAUAAUAUUUAUUAACGUUUCAAAAGAAGAAAAAUCGCCUUAAUAAAAAGAUUAACAAUAAAAAAGGAAAGAACAAAGUAGAAAAAAGAAAAAUUCCAUCUUUUCAUCACUUCUUUUACGUUUACUUGUUUCCCGGACCUCCUCAUACCUCCCUCUUUUGUAUUCCAAUUCAGUUUGUUAAUUUAGCAAUUCCUUUCCCUCCUUUUUAAUCCUAAUCCUUAAUCUUGAUAUAUUAUAACAUUAAAUUUUUACAUAUUAAAAACCAAUUUUUCCAUUCUUUUAACCUUUUUAAUCCUAAUCCUUAAUCUUGAUAUAUUAUAACAUUACAUUUUUACCUAUUAAAAACCAAUUUUUCCAUGUUCUUUUGUACCUAUACAGCUAGAAACCACUUAACUUCAAUCCAACGUCAUUCUAACAUUCAUUAAUUUUGCAAUAUUUCCGUAAAUAGUCUUUCAAUUUCUUCCAGUCUUCUUGCCUCUCACCUCCCUCCUUCUUUCCCCGCAGGCGGAAAUCGCUCUUCAAGAAGAUCUCCAAGCAGACCUCCGCCCUGCACACCAGCCGCAGCUUCUCCUCGGGGCUCCACCACUCCCUCUCGUCCGGGGACAGCCUGCCCGGGUCGCCCACCCACAGCCUCUCGCCCGGACCCCCCACCCCCUGCCGCAGCCCCGCCCCGGACGCCCCGCCAGGUGAGGGGUCCCUCUCCCUCCCACCCGCCCCACGGCUCCACUCUGGGAGGUUCGGGGCAGACCGAGGAGGGAAUCUGGCAGCUGGUUAGCCGGUGGAACUCACCGCCACAGGGGAGCUGCAACAAGAGGAUUCCCCAAAGCACAAUGGCUCUGCUCUGUUUCCCCAGUCGGAAGCAGUAAAUUUGAGCUCUUUUCCUCUUUUACGGGCUCAUACCAUUGAGAUAGCAUUUUCAUAUAUCAUUUUCAUAUGUGGUUUUUAUUUUGAUUUAUAUAUAUAUAUAUUGUGGUUUUGAACAGUGUAUAAAUUCACUUAAUAAUAAUAAUGGAACCUCCAGUGGUUUUUAUUUUGAUUAGAUAGAUAGAUAGAUAGAUAGACAGACAGACAGACAAAUGUAUGUAUGUAUGUACGUACGUAUGUAUGUAUGUAUAGAUAGAUAGAUAGAUAGAUAGAUAGAUAGAUAUAGUGGUUUUGAAUAUUGCACAAAUUCUAAUAAUAAUAAUAAUAAUAAUAAUAAUAAUGGAGCCUCCAGCUGCACAGGCAGUCUACCUGGGUCCCUAGCUUUUGGCCGGAAUUUUCUCUAUUUCCUAUGCUUCCGUGUCUAUAUUAUGACCCAAAUCGAUGGCCCAAUGUAUGAGGGAUUAUAUCAUUCAUAUAUCAUUUCCAUAUGUAGUUUUUAUUUUGAUUUUAUAUAUAUAUAUUGUGGUUUUGAGCAGUGUAUAAAUUCACUUAAUAAUAAUAAUAAUAAUGGAACCUCCAGUGGUUUUUAUUUUGAUUAGAUAGAUAGAUAGAUAGAUAGAUAGACAGACAGGUGUAUGUAUGUAUAGAUAGAUAGAUAGAUAGAUACAGUGCUUUUGAAUAUUGCACAAAUUCUAAUAAUAACAAUAAUAAUAAUAAUAAUAAUAAUAAUAAUUAAUAAUAGAACCUCCAGUGGUUUUUAUUUUGAUUAGAUAGAUAGAUAGAUAGAUAGAUAGAUAGAUAGAUGGAUGGAUAGAUAGAUAGAUAUAGUGCUUUUGAAUAUUGCACAAAUUCUAAUAAUAAUAAUAAUAAUAAUAAUAAUAAUAAUAGAACCUCCAGUGGUUUUUAUUUUGAUUAGAUAGAUAGAUAGACAGACAGACAGACAGGUGUAUGUAUAGAUAGAUAGAUAGAUAGAUAGAUAGAUAGUUUUGAUCAUUGCACAAAUUCUAAUAAUACUAAUAAUAAUGGAACCUCCAGCUGCACAUACAGUCUACCCUCGUUCCUAGCGUGCGGCCGGAAUUUCCUCUGUAAAUUUCAUAUCCAUAUUCCUAUCUAUAUUAUGACCCAUAUAUAUUAUAUUAUAUAUUAUAUAUAUUAUUAUUAUAUUAUAUUAUAUUAUAUUAUAUUAUAUUAUAUUACGGCCCCAUGGAUUAAAUCCUGCUCACCCUUUCUCUCUCUCUCUCUCUCGCCAGAUCCCGCCUCCCUGCAGACCACCUCCCCCUCGCCCAGCACACCCCCCUCCCCGGCUGGCCACAUCCGCCCCAGCUCCCUCCACGGCCUGGCGCCCAAACUGGGCACCGCCGGGCGCUACAAAGUCGGGCGCCGCAAGUCCACCAGCAGCAUCCCCCCCUCGCCCUUGGCCUGCGCCGCCCCGCCCUCCCCGCAGAGGUCCCCCUCGCCCCUGCCGCCCUCCAAGGCGGGCAAGGCACUCUCGCCGCCCGCUGGCACCCGUGCCCACGACGGCGCCCGCUCGCCCCUGCUCCAGAGGGUCCAGUCGGCCGAGAAAAUCCCCGACAAGAAGCCGGCGGGCAGGCAGAAGGCGGCGGCGGCGGCGGGCGAGGUGGGCGCUGGAGAUCCCGGCGCCCGGCGAUCCCUCGCCCGCCCUGGCACCGACUCCGAGUGGUGGUUAUGCGCCAUCUGAACCUCUCAGAGCGCCGGGACUCGUUUAAGAAGCAGGAGGCGGUGCAGGAGGUCAGCUUCGAUGAGCCCGACGUGGAGGGUGCCCCCUGGCGCCCGCCGGUGCCCCACAUCGCGGUGCAGGCGGACCCCGAGUGGGAGUGCCAGGGGUCCUACCCGGCCCGGCUGGAAGCCCGCGUCUACAUCGAGCAGGAAGACGGCACCACGGCGGUGGAGUUCGCCAGCGUCUCGCCCCCCGGGCGCAGGACAAGCGGCGGGGCGCCCAGCCCCCCAAGGAGGCGGUUGUGGGGGGCACUGGGCACCCCCGAGAGGCCCACCGGAGCCUGGCUGCCCGCCGUGGACCAGGAAGAGGACUCUGCGCCCGGGCAGAGGGGCGUCGCGGAAGACCAGUGAACUUCCGGGGGGCAGGGAAGGAGGUGCCCGUUUCCCUGCCCGGAAGGGUGCCCGCUGCUUGCCCCACAGGAGGGCACCCAGGAAUCCUGCUUGGGGGGGUCUUUUGGGGGUCCCUCAAACCAGACUGCGAAGGGGGGCUCCUCAAACUCUGGGAUCUCCCCCGGGGUGUUUUGGGGGGCAGUUGGGCACGGGGGCAGCGGCGAGCCAGUUGUGGUGGGCAUCUGGGCAUGCCUAUUUUAACCGGGGUUUGGGGGCGAUAUUUUUGGGGGGGAUAAUUCUCUUUGGGAUUGGGGAAACACCUCUUCCUAGAGGGUAGGCCCAACAUCUGGGGCCAGAGGGAGGGGUUGGCACCCGAAACAUCGGGGGGGGGCACCGCCCCGAAUGAAGAAGGGGCACAAAAAAUGGGCACAUUCCUCUAUUUCAAAAGAGACAUUUUCUCCCCAGAGUAGGGGAAUAUGUGGGGCUUUCCAGAUAUCCUUGAGAUUGCCAGCCCUUCAGUUACAGAAUCCCAGCUUUGGGACCCCCGGGGGUCAUCCAGCCCAACCCGCGCCAACGCAGGAGUGGCGUCCCCUGCCCCGCCCACCUCCGGUCCGGGCCCCAGACCCUGCCCCGAUGCCAGGGGACCCCCACCUUGGUUGCGUGGACCCUGGCGCCAGAACGCUGCUGCGAUUCCUGCAUUGUGACCCACUGGGGUCUAGGAUUCGCACCCGGUCCCCACACCUAGAGCCGACGGAGAAGACGAGUUUUUCAGCCCCCCCGCCCGGGCAUGGGAGCGGGUGGCAGACUUUGGGGGAGAAAGGGGGGAGUCCGCAAGGAAUCCCCCGAAUCAGGUCGGGAGCCUAUGGGGAGGAGAUCUGUGGGUCAGUUCCCAGCCCUGGGGGUUCAGUCUGUGGAUAGAAGGGGGGACCCCGGGAGCAUUGCCCAAGGAAGAAGGACAGCAGCCUGAAACAGGGUCAUUUCCUGAUGUGGGACCCAUUUUCCUGAUUGUUAAGCCAUGCUGGCAUUACCCUAAUAUUCCCAACCCUGGCCGGCAGCAGCUGUGCAGGAUUCGCUCAGCCAAUCUCCCAGCUGGAGAUGCCAGUGGUAAGAAUUGAACCCGGGACCUUCUGCAGGAAGAACUGAUAUUCCCCCCCUGCGCCGCAGCCCCUCUGUUACUAAUAAAGUUCCUAGACCUCACUGAGCUCUACCCUGGCAGGCAGGCAGGCAGGCAGGGGUCUUUUGGGGGACCUUCUCUGCCACAUUUAAUCCCAAAAUGUCAAGUUCCUAGUCCUCCUUGGCCGUAUUUGCUUCCUGCAAAUAAGCAAUUUAAUUUGGGGCCUGAAAGCAGGAAAACCCUGGAUCUUGCAGGGAUUCGGACAUGCAGGGAGAUUUCUGGAAGCAAGGCCAAUUCCGGACAGAAUAGAUGCAGCUUGGCUCGCUUUCCCGAUCUGCGUUUGAGGGGUGCUGCCCCCUUUUCCGCUCAGUGGGGACCCCAGACUCCUAUCCUACAAGCCCCCCCACAGUAUAGAUAUAUAUCCGGGUUCCCCAAACUGCUUCCCCAUUAAACUUUGCCCUGAUUACUUAUGGUGUCCUCAACUUUCCCAUCUGCGAAAUGGGCUCCCCUGAAUUUAACCCAAUCUUUGUAUGGUGGCAGCAGAAAGUUUGGGGCUGCUCAGCUCUCGCACAGGGUUUCUCGGGAUAAGUUCGGAUUUGGAAAUUUGGGGGUGGGGUUGGGGAACCCCCUCCUCGGUUUGCUGUACGGAAAACGGUCUCUGGAAGCCCGUUUUUGGGAAGGAAAAUAAAGUAAGUUAUGAAUGGAGCAAGAAGAAA